AUGGCUGUGGACGGUAAGAGCUUACUACUGCUUUUAUUUGGCUUGGUACGAGGCUUCCAAUGUUUACGCACGCACUGACUGUAUGACUCCAUAGCUCAGUACUCAGCAGUAUGUUCAUAAAAUAGAGGCGUACUCUUAUUUUGAAAUUUAAUAUCACUGUUUUGCACAGUUACAAUGCUUUAAGACCCAAGUUACACUGAAUGGGGCUGAUAAUGUUGUGAUUAUCUUGAUCCAUGAGAUUUAAUUUUUCAUAAUCCAAACCACAGUCCGAAAUAGACGAUCUAAGUUGUUUCUGACAGGACUUCAGAUGUUAUCAGGACAAAUUGUAACUCAACUGUCAGGUUAACUUGACAGUACCCACUCUGAAACUUAUGAAUAACCUAUGCUUUCGCAAAGCACCCACAGUUAAGCCCUUGGCUGAUGAAUUGUUUUUGGCAUAUUUUAAUAUUCAUCGCAGUUAAAAAGUCCACAAAUUCUUUAGAGGUAGUAGAGCGGAGACUAAGUCUGAAUGGACUCUGAAGGAUCUAUCUCAUUUGGAGAAAUAAUAGCCAGUAUCUAUCAGCAAUCUUUGUUUGUAAGUCUUUUAACAAUUGAUAUCAAAUGCUUCAAACUGAUUUAUUUCUCUUAUCAAAAAUGAACGUGGUGUUUCUCCGAUUUGGUCAAAUCUAAGGAGUGGAAUCCCGGGAUGUCCAAAAGGAGUGUUUGUCCUUCUGCUAAAAGUUUCUUGACAUGGAUUUGAGCUAGACCACACACACACAUACCCUGUAUUGUCCCCAAACCUGCUAAUGUGAAAGUGGAACACACUGAACUAAGGGGGUAUUAUGUUUGUUUUAGGUCUUCUACAUAUAAUUAUUAUUGUCAUCAUGGAUUUUUCUGAUUAUUUUCUCAGUUCGAACAACCAUAAGAGUCUUCAAAUCCCAGUCUUUUAAAGCUUAGUUUCAUAACUGUAACCAUUUGAAGAUUUUUUCAAUUUAUUUUGAUGCAAGUUUUCACAUAAAAGUUGCUACAAACUGGAAAUGUUGGGAUAAAAAAUCACUCAGACUGGUUAGUGACUGAUGAUCAAUCUUCUGUCAAUGAAAAAAACUCAAAAUUUCUACAUUUCCUCAACAAUGUAAGCAAAUGAAGUCAGAUUUAUGCAGUUUAUCAUUAAAUAAUUGACUGUCAUAAUCUCUGUGAGAUCUCGCCUCAGGGAAAAAAAGCCGUUUAGCCUAUAAUACAGCACGCGUGAAUAGAUCUGCUCAUUUUGGUAUUGUUUGCACCAUUUGUUCCUAAUAUUUUGGCUGCUGUCGUCCCCUGCUAAGUGAAGCCUAAUCAGAGCCUCUCUCUGCUUAAGGGCGUUAGUCCAUGUGAGAGUGCCGGCGCAGUGUCAAGUGUGUUUCCCAUUUGUCCUCUGUCUACUACUGAAGCAGGUUAGCUCCUUAUUAACAUGUCUGCAGGUAGGACACGCAGUCAAAUGUGCAUAUAUGCAGAGUGACACAUUUGAGUAUCUAUAAUUAAUCUUUAGUUUACUUAAGCAUCAUUAAUUUACUCAGAGCCCUGGGCGUCGAUGGCAGCCUGACACAGUGCUGUGCUGCUUAAACUUUAAUAAAGAGUGCAGAGCUGGUUGAAGACGCACACAGGGCUUGAUUUUGUCAGGAACAGGAACCCUGAAGAUUUACAAACACGCCUCAUGCAUGUAGGACGCUGACUCUUGCUGUUCCGGUGUGGGAUUGUCAAAAGGUUUUACACUUUUGAAUUCAGAAUUGUUGAAUAAAAAGUCAAAUUUGUGAUAAGACACUUUAGAUUCCAUCCUUAAGUGAAGAGACAUAAUCAAAUAGCUCCUCAAUUUCCCUCUGAACAUCUUGAAACCUAAUUUGUUAGCUGUGGGUGAUUUAGUAGGGCUGUUUUUGGUAUAAUGGCUAAGUUGUUUAGUGAUGCCCACAUUGAUUUCCUUUCAUCGAGAGGCUGCAAUUUCUUCACUGGGUAGCUUUCAACAACAGGCUUGUAAAGCUAUUAAUUACAAGGGGCAGUGUGCAUUUGAGAUAUUAUUCGUCUUUUGUCUUAUCUUCACAUAAAUUGCUUUGAAAAUUACAUUUCCCGCCAGCUGCAUGCUGCAAAUCCUGCUGUAUAAUUUCGUUUCCUCCAUGUAAAGCUUCUCAGAGCGUCUAAAACAAAUCAGAUGUCUGCUUAAAUCUCCCCGGACAUCUGGCAGUAACUGAGAUAAGCAGCCAUAUACAAAUGAUCCAACUGGAAUAGUCAAGUGAACAGUGAGGAGUUGAGACUUUUUGAAGGAGAAAGAGAGGGAGAGAGGGGAGCGUGCAUCCCUUGUUUACAUCAAGAACACGCAUCAGGGGCAUCCCAGUGUGUGAACCACCUCCAAGCUGUAGGCCUGGCUAAGCCCAGCAUGCAGAAUAUCCAAAGAUACAAGCCUGCGAGUGGAAUUCCAGGGUGGCUUCCAUCCAUCCGUACACCGCCAGACAUAGUAUGUGCUCAGCAUCAACCUGACAGCCCCACAUGGAGACGUGCCUUUAGAAUCCAAAAACAACCAAUCUAUUUAUCUCAAUCCCAUGUCUCCCUGGGCAUGUGGGUAGAUAGUUCACUGCAGGAGAGUUGAUGUUGUCUGUUGUCUGUCAACAUGAUGGACGUAUGAGGGGGGAAGGAUGGGGAGAUUUGUGUACAGAAGAUGUAUGCUAUUUAAAGAUGGGUAGAGCAGCUUUAUUUUCCUUUAAGGAUGCUGGAAUUACCCCAAAACAAGACGAAAGCUGGUACCCUUUCAAGAUGAAAUGUUGGAGGGGGAUAUAUUACUUACUUCUUUUGCUUUUGAUGGGUACCAAAAUAUUGACACAAAAAAAAAUCAGCAUUUUCUCAUCAAGACAUAAAAUCAUAGACUGUCUAUACUAUGGACAACUUGGUUCUGCCUUCUGCCAAUAUACAGAUUUGAAGGCAAAAAGCUUUCGGUAUUUCCGGGUUUUUUCUCCACUUCCUGAAACCAAUAUUGCGCAGUAGCGUUGUACGCACUUCACCACUUUCGCAAUAGCAUUGUACGCAUUCGGCAGGAGAGUCGCUGAAGGUUGUGAUGACGCUCUGCUCAAACAACAUAUUCCCCAGGUUAGCUACACAAUCGGCUGUAUCAAGUGUCAAUCAUAGAAAACAUGAACCUCCUAAUAACUUUUAAAAAUUUAGCCAGUCUUAUAGUAACUACAUGUCAACAUCUCAAGCAGGCGGGAGAAAAAUUUAUAUUCUGUGUGACAAAUUCCCAAAGUUUGUCCACAACUCCAUAGGGAUUGCUGGAGGAGGCGGGAUUUAUGACCUAUACUGCAGCCCGUCACCAGAGGGUGCUGUUCUAGCGGUGGCUUCACCCAGCAAGGACGCAGAUGGCGUCCAUUCUAUAUACAGUCUAUGAAUUCAACUCCUCAACUUUAUUUGCUGUUUCCACCCCCAAAACAGGCAACCCUUUUGACCAGCUCUGGCCCCCACAGCACCAAACCAACCCUUUUUUUAUUCUCUGCACAGGUCACACACUCAUGAGCUCAUUCGACUGUGAACUAGUUGCCCCUUUCCAGUGGGGUACUCCUGCCAUGCUCUGGAUUCCCAUCUCUGUGUGUGCAUGUGUUUUGGCCCUUGUGUAUGUUUAUAUUUGUGUUUGUGCAUAUGCAGAUGAAGCAGAAGGAGAGCCAGCACCCCAGUGGGUGGGACAAUGGGGGAGGCAGGGGUGCAGAUUGUUAGCUUUACACUGACAAAUACACCCUUUGUUGUUUUUCUGGCAUGUGUGUUACGUUGCCUGCUGGAGACGGCGUCCAUUUGGUGUUUCAGGGUGUUGAUGCCAAAUGUGUUUCUGGCCUCUGUAGUGAAGUAAUAUGUUAAUAGUGUGCUAACCCCCUCAGCUACAGUUGGGUUAUACUGCUGUUUUAUGCAUUUGUGCAUGUGAGAGAACAGACAAGCUGUUAACCUCUUUCCCCAGUCCAUCAUUAUCCCCUACUUCCUCACCACAGGGAGUGUGUCAUUCAAUAUAAUGCACGGAGAAUCCUCUUCAACACACACAUGCACACACCCUGCUGUCAUCCAUCAUCAACUCUCUGAUCCACCGCAGCUUUGCAGCUGCACCUGGCCUCAGCCCGUGGAUUUCAGGAGAGAAAUAAAGACAGUGGUCAGAGGAGAGGAACAGAGGUGGAUGAGCUUGUAUACACCGGUACAGCGUUUGCACAGUCCUAAGAGUAGCUUUAAUUGAAGUUGCAUUUCAGCUGCCCUUUAUGACAUGUUAAAGAGUAAAGGAUCUUUAUUAAAACCUGGGUUGUGACACUCGCUACUAGUUUAAUAAAGCAAAACCUUUCCAUGCCCUGGAUUAGAUUUAGACUUUUGUUCGGUAGGUCAGAGUUGAAAGAGAAACCAAGUCUCACAAAUGUUACAGAUGGACCAUAAACACUCAAAAUGUAUACUUCAUCUCUAAUUUUACCGCCAGAAGUGUUGGUUCUGUGCUCUAGGAUAGUUUAAAGUCUGUAAAGCUGUGAAACAGCUUGAAAAGCUCUUCAGUGCUGUACUCACACACAUGCAGUUAAACUCAUGUGAAUUUUCUCAUAUUUUCAGGCUGUGCUGCAUAUGUUAGCACUAACAGCAUAGCUUUUUACCUUGACUGAACCAGGGUUUCUCACUUUCAACCCUGAAGUGAAAUAUCAGAAGUGGAGGUGUAAAAAGAGCAGGGUUGGACAUUUCCCCACAACCAAGCAGAUGAUGAUGAUGAUGUUUACAUCCAAGAGUGGUUUAAUUCUUUCCUGUAAAAUAUCUGCUUCAUACUCCUUUCUGCCAGCUCAUUCUUUAAUACUGUGAACAUUUGAUAUCAAGUCAAAGACCGUCAUCGCAGGGUCUGUGCCCAGCCCGACCAUCUGGGAUACCUUGUAAAUGCUGCAGCAGCUUCCUUUUAGCAUGUCGGGAAAGAACUGUCCUAAAAUCUCAGAAAUGCACAUGAAAAAACUAGGGAUGCACCGUUCUGAUAUUUGAUAUCGGUCCCAAGAGUGAAGAAAAUUCUAGAUCGGGUAUCAUGACAAUGGGCCUGAUGCACAGGGGCCAAUCUAUUCAGUCUAACUCUAUGCUAUGCGCUGUGAGUGGCAAUCACAAGUAAACACGCUGAGCGGAUGCCCACAUUGUUUUCAAAAUGGAGCGAGCAAAGGGGUCUGCUGUCUUGAACUUUAUUACAAUACCUCAGCUUACAAGCUCGACAGCCACUUGCAAUACCUGCGCAGUAAACGUUCCGAGGGGCGGUGGUGAAACUUAAAGUUACAACAAACGGUAAUUCAGCGCGGCUUUUCUGUAUCGGAAUUGGAUCAGUAUUGGUCGAUUCUAAACUGUAGAUAUCUCUAUCGGUAUUGCAGGUGAAAAAAGUGGAUUGGUGCAUCCCUAUUCACCAUCACCGGUGAAAGUGCCUUUGAAGAUGAUUGUACAAACCUACAACCAAUCAGAUUGACACCUAUAUGACCUAGCACAUAUCAAGAUAGCAGCAUGCAGUGAAAGCAUCCAGAAAAACGGCUCAAUUUAGCAUCUGUUAUACAAUUUAGCGUUUCACUCUUUGUACUGUUUUUGUGGAACAAAACUUACAAGACUUCACCAAUAUCACUCUAAAUGCAACUUACCUGCAAACAGUUUGGUAUGACGUUCAGGGGUUUUAUGCUACCUGCAGAUAAUGCAGAAUCAAGCUGCGACCCCAAUUUCUACCACACAUGGAAUGGCUAUGAAAAGGCCGUACCCGCCAAUCUCAUAACCAUUCAAGUUAAUGUGUCAAUUUCCACCGGCUUCUUUCCGUUCCACUGCAGAUCGCGGGACUCCGCAGCUGAUCGCAGGAGUUCUAUUUUUCUGGUCGCGGAGUAUGCCGCAUAAAUUCUGCACAGAUUAGCCCAUGCUGGUAAGGAAGUUGGGCACUGACACAAAAUAAAACACGACAUUUUUCAGGUGGAUCGUAUUUUACACCAUGCAAACAGGCGGAGAUGAACAAAUGAAAGGUUUUUAGAGCAAAUUUCACCCUGAUGACACCAUGGAUGAGGAGAUGCUGAUUCUAGAAGUCAAGAAGUGGAUUUCCUCCUCUGGAAGGACACAAUCUACUGCUUAUAUAGCUAUGUGGCUAUCUUUAUAGAGACAACUCAUUAUCACACGGUUGCCCAUGAAUCUGUGGGUUCUUGUGAGUUCUAGCAGAUCCUGCUGUCUGUAAUCCGCUACGAAAUUUGCCUCACAAACGGAUCCGGUGGGAAUUGGCGGACGGCAAAAAUUGCCGCUGUUCUGGAACGGAACCGUCCUGGAUGCGGUGGAAAUUGGGGGUAAGCCUCAAGAUGAGGACUGAAUAGGUUACCCAAAAACAGCCCUCUUUCCCUACAUUUAAAAUCACUUGAGGCAAUAUAUCAGGGUUUCUAGUCACUGUCUGUGGAACCAUAAAUGGCGCAUUAAUAAAAACUUUUGAUCUAUGACUUGAAUUAUCUUGAAAUAAUAUAAUUAAUGAAACCAAAUUACGUUAUGACCCAGAGACAUACAUACGCGUUAGCGGGAUCUCAGAGGGAGGCCACAGGAGACGCAUCACUUCAGAGUUAAACAAGAAUCAAUUUGAUUGGUUAUCCAUGCAAGUGUAGAGGUUGAUGAGGAAGGUUUUCAAUAAGUUAUUGAUCUGAUUGAUUUCUCAAGUGGUCCCCUCGGACGAGCCGCCACUGUUUUAACCCCUGACCCCAUAUGGAGGGACGUGCUGCACAGCAUAUGAUUCAAUAGAUUAGCAUUUGCACUCUGGUCCUGUUGGCCUUUUACAGUGAUGAGGUGUGAAAGGAGGAGCGUCCCAUUUGGUGCAUAUCAGGAGUGAAUUAACAGGGGCACAGUGUUGUGGAUUUUUUGGAUUCGGUUCUGACGCGUCACACUUCAACUGUCUCAUCCUGUCUGCCCUCGCUGCCAAACUCACUAUCCCUUUAAUUCUGCCAAAAUCGACAAGGCUCCAGUGUUCUGAUCCAGUGCCCUUGUCCCGGGUCCGACUUCUCCCCCCCUCCUGCUACCUACCCCUCAUCCUCCCAUUUGCCUCUCUCUGAAUUGGAUUGCGCACAGGCCCAUAUCCAAUUUCUCUCCUUUAAUUAGCCUUCUGCAUGGGGAGAGGGAUCAGGGGAUAUGGGCAGAAAGGUCUCCGGGAUGGAUGAUAAAAAGAGAUGUAAUUUUUCUGAGGCAUGGCGCUAAUUGGGCAUAAUUUCAUACAGGGGUUGUAUCCCCCAUGUACCACAAUGUUGUUACUUACUGACUUGGAGCCACAUAAACUCCAUCAAUGUCUCUUUUUCCAUUUCGCUGUUUUUCUUUCCAUCGCACGCUUGAUUGACUUAAUCAAUUUGUUUUUGUGCUUCACACAAAAGAUUUGUUUACUUUUAGCCUACGUUUGUGAAACUGUAAUGACUCAAUUUAGCAUGAAUGAAUACUAUUUAUGUUUCUCCCUAUCAAAACCAUCUGUCUGUAGAAAUAUGUGAUAGCACCUAAAGUGAUAAGGGCACGUUUUACUGAUAUCCUCCCGUCCUUCAUCUCAUCCUUGGCCAGAUGUCUUUCAGCCUGCAGUUUCAAGGAGAGCAGUCAACCUUUUCCCCCCACUCGUGCUCCUUCCCAUUAGAGUCUGCUAAACAAACAGUCUAAUUAAGUGUGGCCUUGUGUGAUAGGGUAAGCUCAGAGCUUUUCACUCGUUGUUAAUAGGUUGGCCCGCUCCUCCCACAGAGUGCCAGGGGGGUCAGUGGAGUCUGUGGUUCAGAUUUCCCAUUAAACCAAAUGGCUAAUGGCUCCAGCUUCACCGUAACAAGGCAGACGUCCUCACACACUCAGGAGCACAAGUCACGUUCAACCACCGCAAAAAGCAAUUACACUGCCACUCACAAUCUGGGAGCAUGAUCUGGGGCUAUAGAGUGUAUGCAUACACAAAACUAAAUGUGUGUGUGUGUGUGUGUGUGUGAGUUUGAAAUUGAACAUGUUUUGGAGUCAUUCCAGCCAUCGGUCAUACCUCCUCCAAAAAUAGAAAUCAAUUUUACUUUCUAUCUUCGAGUCUUAUCAGACUUUUAGUCUCUGCUCGUCCUUUUGCAGCCGCAGCCUAUAUUUUACUUUUUAAAAAAUCUUUUACCUCCACACUUUCCACCUUCUGAUGCUCACUUCUUUGUGCACGAUUCACUGUCUUUCUCCCCCCGCUCCCUGAUUUGUGUUGUUACAGUGGCCCGUGAGUAUACAUCUCUGACAGGCUCUAUGGAGGCUGCCUGCCACAGUGCUGCUCGAACGGGCCCUCAAUUUACCAUGUCAAUAGGCAUCCAAGUGUCAGCGUGUCAGUUCCACAGCUGAGGUGGGGGGAUAAAGGGUUGUUAAAAUGCAGCUCAAGUCUCUCUCUGUGUGAAUCUUUUAACCCCUUAAAACAACACUCUCCCUGAUUCCAUCACACUCAUUCCCUGCAUGUUGUCGAUUUUCCAUCCUUCACCAACUUUAUUGACCUCUUAUUCUCUUAUGAUACAUUUUUGCAUAGGCCCAUUUCACAAGCCUUUGCAUGCUCAAGAAGACUCAAGCUCUGGCUGACAUAUUAAAGCCAUAUGGCGCUAUCAAGACACGCCUCACGCUAUAGGGAAUAUAUAUAGAAGCGGAGAUUAACUUCAUGCUCAGACUACAAAGAUGUUUGUGGGUAGUUGAACCUGACAUACAUACACAUCAUCUGAUUUCUGCCUCUCAGGCGUAAAUGAAAAGUGACUCCGAUUCAACAGCUCGAACAGGAAAGAUCCCUUUUGGCUUAAAUGUAACCCACUACCUCAUGUGCUCUCUCCUGUCUCUCUAAUAAAUGAUUUAGUCUCAGAGAGAUGUCAGAGCAAUGAUGCCAGAGUCUGUCUUUUGUACGACAUCUACUGAUCAUUUUCUCCCAAAAGAAGUGAAGUUAUGUUUUGAUUUUUUAUUCAUAGAAUCUUAGACAUGCAGCUAAAGAUAAAACCAUUUUUAUCAUCUUUAUUUUCCAUUUUUUAGAAUAUUUUUUAAGUUGCUUAAAUCCUUUACUUUGGUCUGCAUUGAGUCGUGUGAAAUCGGCUUUGCGACUCUGUGCACUCUUUUUGUACAAUAAUGCUAUUGUGAAUGUCAGCACCCUUUUGACCUGAUUUCUCUGAAAUCCACAUAGACAUGUGGCUGUUGUACCUUAUCCGUAGAUUAGGAGGGAUUUGUGCUGCAAAAGUGGGUGAUAGUGGCAUGGAGAUGUGAUUGCCUCUGUGCUGCACUGGUUUCAGAGGUUGUAGGGAGGAAUGAAUAUAAAACCUUGCCGUGAUAUAUGUCGAACAUGUGUACUUAGACUUUGAACAAGCACCUAGGGCAAUGUAAAACUUCUGCAGAGGCUGACAGUCAAUUUAAGGAGUGGCCAUCAGUCUGUCAGAGUGCCACUAUAUCGUCCUAAAAGCAGUUAUUUCCUCCUAUUCCCCUCUCUCUGUUUUCUUUCUUGUCCUCCGGCCCUGUUACGAUGCUUUUAAAGAACUUUGCCCCAGAAAAGGCUGUUAUAUUGAGGAUGAAAUGACAGACGUUAAAGUAGAGGCAAGACUAAGCUAUUGUCACGGGAGGCAGCCGAGGUUACAGGGCUGUCAGUCAGAGUUAGUGGGGGCGGGCUCUAAGCUGUCAUCCCAGCGUUUCGGUCUCGCCCUACAUAUCAGGUCACUGGUGCUGUGCAGGCUUUGGGUCUCUGCAGGAUAAAACACAUGAGGAGACCCACAUAACUCAACCUACAUUUAUAUACACAUGCUGUUCAUACGCUUAUGUGCCUGCCUGUGCACAGACAGACCCUCAGCUGGGGUUAAAAAAUCAAAACAUGGCAUGGUCUGAUUUUGCAAGAAUCUCUGUUGUCAAUCAAUUAAAAAAAACUUGUAAAUGGGAUCACUGGAGAUGAGACAGAGCUUUUGAAACUUUUAAACUGGUUUGGAUGCCGUUGUGGUAGCUGACAGCAGAGGGAAGUGCAGUUAUUGAGAUGGGUGCACCUCAUUGGGCUGAAAGUGAAAUAAUUAAGGGUUGGAUAAUAAAGCUCUUUUCUCUUCCUCCCUCUCAUCCAAAGUGAAAAUUACCCACAAUCAGCCGGUGCAUUAACACGAUGUUGAUGUAAUGGCGCUGGGUGUGUGGUGAUAUGAACAGAGAAAACUGUGUAGACUAAACUGGGUGUCCUCAUGCAUGCGCUAUUAAUGCCCCACUGUUAACACGAUGUGUUGACGGUAUAAUUUGGAGUAUCUUAAAAUUUAGUGUGUGUGUCUGAGAUUGUCUGUGCAGUCUGAGUGGCUGGGCGGUAAUAGGGAAAUGGCUCAGCAGAGUGGAAGAGAGAGCGGGGACGAGUGGCGAUGUUGGAACAGAGCUGCUGAAAAUCACCGCGACACACACCAUGAGAAGUGGCAGUGUCAGCCUUAUAACAAGAAAACACACUCACGCACAUUGACACGGGUUCACGCACACUAAGGCUGAUGAAUCGUUGGGUCCCUGAGUGGAGCCCUGAGCGGCCUCUACUUCACUGUGCUGUCUGUGAAACAUCUGGCGUCAUUAGAAGUCAACAUUACGGGAGGUAUCAAUAGAGAGCUAAUAGAGUUUGAAAUGCCGACAUUGAUGAUGUGAUGUGAUGUAUGCGCCACAGUAAAUGGGUUAAGGAAGAGGUUUCUAAAUCACCUCAUUACAUUGACUGUUACUGUAGUGACUGUUUUCAGGAGAUUUACCGUUUUAGCUCACAGUCAGUCAUAAUUUAAUGUGAUCAAAUUCACACUGAAACAGCACAGAUAGAUUAAACACUGGUUUGAAAUUGAGUAUCAUAAGUCUAUUUUAUGCUAGCUUCUGAUGUUUUUUAUUCCAACCUAAGGAGAGGAAACUAAUUAUUAUCACAAUUCACUUUUCACAGUCCUCACUUACAUUAACCCAAAAUCUAAACUUAAAGAUCUACCAAAGAGUCAGGAUUAGCAACUCUUUGGCUCUUUUCCCCCUUGAUUGAUCAUAUAAUAAUGUUUAACUGUUUCCUUUCAAACUGUUAGGGUUGUUGGUCAACUUGUUGUAAGUGCUGGUCCUGCAUAUUACAAACUGUAAUCUUUGCAUAAAGAAAUGGAGGCAGUAAUCAGGCUUAUGUAAGGGAUCAUUUAUAGUUAGUUGCCAAAUAGAGAAAGGGUAAUGCAACAAGUUGACACUAAUUAUUGAUCUUUAAGGAUCGUUCUACCUUUGGUGUUUUGAACAGAUUCAGAAAAUGACAGCAGCACUUCUUCAGUGUAACUUUUUUUUUUCUCCUCUCACUCAACCUGUGGUUUGUGGUUGCUUCAUGUCUAGAUUCUUCAGUUUGGUUGACAUCUCUUUGACUCAGCUCUGUGGCUGCUGUAAGAUCUCUAGUACAUUUUUUCACUGUUUCACCACUUCUUGUUUUCUUUUUUCUGCUGUUGACUUGUCAGCCAUUAACCAGCCAUCUACUUUUUUUUUUUUUUGCUCCUCCAAUUUUUUGAGUCACUUCGAGUCAUAAAAAGUGUCUACCUUUACACUAGAUGUGCUGGAUUGACUUAAUAUAUGUGAAAUGUGAUCAAGUUUAUCCUCAUUGUCACUUUUGCCAUUCAAAGCAAAUGACUAUUGUCAAGGAGUUUUGACCAAAUACAAUCCAGUAUUGAAAGGAGCAGAGAAAUCUGUUGGCUAAACAAUGUAACAGUAUUUUAACGGUGGUUCAUGUCCUGCAAUCCAGGCUACAGCAGCAGAACUGGUGGGUGGAUCCCAAACCAUGUGGGGUAGUGAUAUAAGCAUCAAUGUUAAAAGUUGUGACAUUCACUUCAUUACUUAACCGCUGAGCGACUUAACCACCUGGCCAAACGGGCUCCCCAACAGAUAAGCAAUUUAGGUAUGGUCAUAGAAGAGUUACCAACGUGAAGGCAGGGGGAUUAACUCUUAUAUAACUUAAAAUUCUUAAAACUAGCUUAUGUUGGUUGCUCGAUCGUGAGUGGGGUAAUGUACAGUGAGCAGGUGGUUAUACAGUAGAAUCACUUGAGGGUGCACAGUUGGGCCAUUUUUGGGAAAAUAAACAACAAACACAUUGCAGUACAUAGAUGGCAGUUACAUCCACUCUCUUGACUUGAACAGAGUUUUCACAAUCUGGUUUAAAACAAUCAGAGGCCUGAUACUAGUCUGUGCCCAAGAGGUAGGGGUCCCCUGACCUACAUCAUGAAAUACCACUUACAACAGUGAGAAUGCUGUAAACAUAAAGGGCAAGUGGAUUCCCAUAAAGGACAAAGAGGGGCACAGAGUUGCUUUUAAAGUGUAUGUUUGUUCCUAUUUGCAACUUCUGUCAUGUGCUGUGUGCCUCAGACUAAUGUUAGCAACAGUAGGUGGUCAGCUGCUAGCUCACAGUUUGCAUUCUUGUUUUUAUUAUUGUGUUUUUAUGAUUAAUGUUCCAGUUUUAUGAUCCAGCAGUGCUUCAGUCUUUUUGUAGGUGUUUUAUGUAAAUCAAAGGAUUCUGUGUUCAUUUGAUUUUCACUUUUGUAGGUUAUUGUUGUUGCUUGAUUUUGUAAGCAUUUGAUUUACUUAGCAACAGCACACUAUACGCUGUACACUUUUGCAGACAGAUAUUUGAAAUCUGUUGAGUGUGAUUGAAGCAGUUUCCCUGCAGUGUAUAUUGUAGUAUUUGUCAUUGUAGUCCAACCCCCCCCCCCCAGCGCACAUAAUAACAUGUUAUCAUUAGCUGAGUCACCUGCUGUAGAUUCAUUUUAACUGCAUGAGUUUUAGAUUGCUGCUAAUUUUCACACCACCGUAUGAAAGAAAAUACCAGCAAAACACGUUUUCUGAAAAUCAUCGCCUAAUUCCUGAGCAUGAAAAAUAGAAAAUAAGGAAAGUUGAAUGAAAGAGCGAGUGAGAUCACUAAAGUCCCUGACACACCGGGAGCGUUUUUUUCGCGAGAUUAUUUCAGAUAGCAAUAUUUUUUUUCGAACCCGUAUCCUGUCAAUACAAGCGUUCACAUCAGCGACGUUUUACCGUCCUGCGAUAGUACAGCAUUUAUUUUUUCGGAUCAUGGUUGAAUUUUCUAAAGUUUCACAUACUGUGUGAACCCUUCUGACCAAUCAGAUUUCGUGUUGUUGCGACAUCAGAUUCACCAGUAUAGCCGACAUGGCCGACCGGCUGAUUGUUUACGUGUCGGAGAACAGAGUGCCUUUUCAUAAAAAACACAAAUAUUACAAAGAUAACGACCUGAAGGACAACUUGUGGAGAAUAAUAGUGUCGGAUUUCUCAUAUGUCGAUGGUUUGUGUGCUUUAACAGUUUGCUAAACGUCUUUGUUUUAACUUUCAUCUGUGCUAAGUAACUUUAGCUCGUAAGCUCACCUGUUCAGAUACAACAUACCAUAUGUAUUUUCACUGUCUCAAACUCAAUCGCAUUGCUGUCACAGCACCAUGAGGUCUCGGUUGUUAUGUUACGUUUAUGGAUUAUAGGUAAAUGUGCUUAUCUGGUACUGGCCCCGACUCAAAAUUCGCCUCAGAAUAAUUCGUAAUUUCAUGUUGUAUAUUUGUGUCAUUCCCCAUGUGUACGGACCUUUAGAGAGCUGCUAAUUUUCACACCACUGUUAAAAAGAAAAUAACAGUAAAACACGUUCUUCUGAAAAUCAUCGCCUAAUUCAGGAGCAUGAAAAAUAGAAAAUAAGUAAAGUUGAAUGAAUGACAAAGUGAGACCACUAAGAGUGAAAGAUUAAGAGGGGAAGCCUCCCCUGAGAUUUUUUAGCCCGAACAAGAGGCUCCUGCUGGGACUUUACGUGUAUCAAUGUGUGUCUGUGUGUGUGCACAUGAGGCUACAAAGAACUUUGAUUCUUUUCCCUGUCUCAUCCCAAAGUGCCCGCUUUGUACCAGCUGCCGUCUGUACCUGACAGCGCAGCCUCCGGUAACCAUGUGAGUGAGCAAGAACAAGUGUGUGAGCAGAGGAGGGGUAAUUGGCAUGUCCGUCUGAGUGAAAGGCCCGGGCGAAGUGGCAGUGCGGGAGUGGAGCUGAUAACAUAGCAAUUAAGCCGGGGAGAGACAGACCCCCAAUCAGCGCAGCAUGCAGCGGGGACUCAGAGACAGGUAGAGCUGUAGGGAGUGAGAUCCAAAUAUGAGGAGGGGUACGAAUGCGCUCCAGGUGUGAGCUAAUUUGUCUCGCUGUUUGACUAAAAACAUGGAAGCUCCAGCAGGGCUUGUAUCAAAUAUGCCUGAAUGUAUUGUGCACACAUACCAUUCAUUCUCCCACUGAAGACACCUGCUGCUCCUGCUGCUGAGAGACUCUCGGAUUGUCACAUCAUUUUUUUUAUUUUAACUUUGUAAGCGCACAUUUUUGUAGAAGUAGAGCGCUAACAAAGUUUUGAGUUUGAAUCUUUUGUUGCUCGUCAGAAUAAAAUGUAGAGGAAACAGAGCACAGUGUUUUUUUUUUAAUGUCUCUGUUUGGUGGUUUUUGCCAGUGGCGGUGCUGCUUUUCUCCACUCAGCCGUCUCAGUAGUAUUACCCAUAAGUCUCUCUGUGUGGCGGGCCCCCCCUUGCUACAACCUUUACAUCUUCUACCCACCUUUCUUUCUGUCUCAUUCUCAGGGGAAAGAUUAGAGGCGGCUUCCUGGAUAACAUCACACAAGAGCAUAAGAGAAAAACUUUAAAAAACUUUGAAUUUCAGUUGGCUGACAAAAGAAUAACCGUAUCCAGCACCUCCAGCAGAGCCGCCACUGCUGUGUCGCUUUCUCUAAUCAUUAAUGCUGCUUAUGAAUCUUCAAACCGAGUCCCUGUCUGCAACUUUCAAUCCCACCCCGUCUAUCUCAGCUUCAGAUUCAUUGGCACAUUUCUCUCCCUGCUCCCCUGCUCUCUUUUCUUUCUCUGUUUACCUCUAUGGAGCAUUAACUUUUUAUCUUUUUUUUUCUUUCUCUUCACCAGCCCCCCCACCCACACUAUAAGCCUAUUUCCUCUUCUUUUACACUGCUUUUUAUUCCCUUUUAUCCCCUCAUCCUGGUCUCUUUGUGCCAGGGAUGCAAGAAAAGUGUCGAGCAGAUUAUCAACUGCUCUUCUGCAAUGGUCAUUUAUCCACUUCAUUGUUUGCAAACCCCUCUGUGCUCAAUAACCUUCAUGUUUGUUUGUGCCAGCGCUCGUGUGUGCGCUCGCUAUUGACUACUUGUUAUUUUUGCCACGCUACAUCGCUCAGACGUUUCUCCCCCUAUAUGUCACAGAGGUCUACGAGCAGCGAUGUGCAGGAACAAAGUAGGGUACUUAUGUGAUGGCUUAAGGACAUUCAAUAAAGUAUUGAACGCCGAAGCCCUCUACAUCCCGUCCUCUCAGCAGGCCGCAGCGUGAGUGCGCCCCAUCGAUUUGCAGACCACAUGUGACAAUCACAAUGAACUGUAGUCCAGCGCCAUUACUAAGUGAGAAAUGUGUACAGACUUCACUCUGGUCAGAUUAACCUCUGCAUACGAUGACGGGGGAAAACAUAGGGUUAUAAUGUGAGAGGGAAAGGAGCCGUUUCCUCUAUGCUGAGCCGACAGAGCGUGGUGGAUCCCUGCCGGACAGCCCUGCAGGCUAUCACUGAAGGUAUUUGUGUUGUCAUAGCGUUGGCAUACAAAGUUUUGCACUUUCAUUCCUGCAUAGAGAAAGGGAUAAUGGCAAAAACCUGUUUUCUAAUUACUCCAAUCACUUCAGAGUUCAUUAGCACACCAUCUGGCUCAUUGCUCUUGGUUCCAAAUGAUCGGCUUAAACCGCACUCCAAAUCCAAAUAUUAGAUCCUGAUAUGCAGAAAGAUGUAGGCAUUGUUUAUGUGCGAGCCAAAAUGAAGCGUAAUUACAUAAAUCCUGCCGUUAAUGUAUUUAGGGCGGUUUAUAUCAGGAUGCAGCGCCAAGUUAAGAGAGAAAUGAAAUAUUCGACUGCUUUCAUGUAAUGUGCACAAACACCGUUAAUCCGCUCAGACAGAGCAUUUUACCACUCAGGAGUAGCUGUAAACAAACACUAAAUAUUUAAAUAGCCAAUCUUGUCUAAGCUGAGAAGUUAUGCACCCCUGUUUAUGUCUUUCUCUCUUUUAUUUUGUGGUCUUUUCUGUGGGAUACAGAGGCUUUGUCUCUAUGGCUAAGUGCUAUAAAGAUAGUCGAGAUCAAAGCGAGCUCUGAAGAGCUGAAAGCUGAAGGCUCACAUUUUAUUUUUAUUCGACAAUUGAAAUGACAAAUCCAGCUAAUGCAGACGAAUAUAACACAACAUUUCACCACAUUAACUGCAGUAACAUCUGUUUUCUGGGCUUGCAUUAGUGUGAAAUUUCCAGAGAGGGUGGUUAGUGUGAUCGGCUUUUGACCUUUUGCUGUAUUGGAUUACUAAACCAAUCAGAUCGGAUAGUCUAACCUUUAUGGCACUGUCUUGUAGUAACCACCAGGAAAAUCAAAACGGCUCAUAUGUGCAUAAAGCUGUGCUCCGUCUGUCUGACCUUUUGGUGUAAUUUCCCAUAAUCCAUGUUCCAUACCAUCUGAUGCCUCAAUCCAUUUGGAAGUCCUUAGCAGACUCAUUUGGAUGGAUUUUAAAGUGUGUGUACGGAGUUAACAGCUGUUGUAAAGUAAUUCAAUUCUUUAUAGACAAGAUCAUACAACUGCUCAUAGGAAGCGUGCGAGCCUGAAAGGUCUCCAGAAUUUAACUGUUCAUUGACAGAGAUGUUUUUUCAAGUAAAAUAACUAUGAUAAUGACAGUGAUGGUGUUGUAAUUCUUCUGAAUGAGAGGAGAGAUGAAGUGUUUGAGCACAAUUGGGGUAUUUUUCCACAUUCGCUUCCUAAUCUACCCCAAAAAGUUCAAAUCAUAAACUCAUAGAUUGUAUAUACUAUGGACAACUUGGUUCCACCUUUCGCCAGUAUACAGAUAUGAAGCUGAAGAGCUCUCGGUAAUCCCACGUUUUUUUUUCCACUUCCUGAAAUCAACAUUGCGCAGUAGCGUUGUACGCACUCCACUACUUGAGCAGUAGCAUUGUACGCAUUUGGCGGGAGAGUCGCCAAGAGUUACUGGGAGGAUGCUCUGCUCGAACAGUGUAUUCCCCUGGUUAGCUACGCAAUCUUCAUACGCAAUUACGAUUGACACUUCGUUAUCUUCAAAGUGUCAAUCAUAGAAAACAUGAACCCCUAAUAACUUAAAAAAAUAGAGCUGUAAGGAAAAAAGAGGACUUGAGCACAAACCAGUCUUACAGGAACUACAUGUCAACAUCGCAAGCAUGGGGUAGAAAUAUUUAUAUUCUGUGCAAUAGAUUUCUAAAAUUUGACCACAGCUCCAUAGGGAUUGCUGGAGAAGGCAGGAUUUAUGACCUAUACUGCAGCCCGUCACCAGAGGGUGCUGUUCUCGUGGUGGCUUCACCCAACGAGGAGGCAGACGGCGUCCAUUCUUUCUACAGUCUAUGCUCAGACACGAUUAGUUCAUUUUUUUCAUUGUUUUAGUGACACAAGCUGCAGUGAAGUAAUGCUAAACAAAGCACUUAUGGCUUUAUCAUAGCAUAAUAUAUAACCAAGAUGUUCAGCAGAUAAGACCGUCAAAGAACCAUAACACUCAUUCACAUGUUAAGGAAAUCAGUGAUCAUGUCAGUCCUCCAGUAUCAAGCCCAAUCACCCUCGUCCUCCACUCCCCCAUCCCUCUCCUCUUUCUCCGUCCUCCUCUAACAAUCCUCUUUGAAUUAUCGAUUGUCAGUGAGAUUUAAUCUAUCCUCCUGUGUCAUCAUUUGAGUGCUUGGCUGUGAAGAAGAGGAAACAAUCACAUAGCUUCAUCUCAUUCCGCCUCCUUAUUCAUUUCCUGGUGCACGUAAUAUUAGCCUUAUGAUCUCAAGCUUCAUUUUCCGUUCUUUCUCCUUUCUUUGAUUUGUCAUGUUGCCCAUUUUUCCGUCUUUCUGUUGCGACAUUCAUCCUUGGCUUCCUUCCUUCAUCCUCUUAAAAGGGCACAACUAUGCCAGACCCUUGUAUCCCAUCUUGCCUCCCGUGUCACUCUUCCUUUUUCCACUCUUGUGUGAAACGUGAAGCGAGAUCCUCUGAGCAGGAGUGGAUAUGACAGCCAGCGGCCUCGGGUGAGGGAAUAAGACUCACAGUGUGUGUGUGUGUGCAUGUGAGGGUGAGAGUAAGGAGAUUUAUCUAAAGUGAUCUGUAAUUGUAUGUUCUCUGACGCAGCAAUGGGGAAUCAAUAGAGCUGUCUGUCGUCAGAGUUGGAGUAUAAAAGUCAUCUUGUCCUCGGUGUUGGACCUUCCAGGUUUCUUUUUCUAUCACAGAAAUGCUUUAAAAGGCAAAGUCAAGGUUGUCCCUGCAUUUGCUGUCCCUCUGUGAUUUCAGGGUGUUGAAGGACUUUGACAGUGACUUGCAAAAUCCCACCUCCACCUGUGUUCUGGGUUAUACACCGAGCAUUGUGAGCCAUAAUUGCCUCACAUUUUAAAUCCUGAAUCCAGCCUCCAUACACACGGCUGCAUGCACACAGACUCUGCAGCUUUAUUCCAAUCCACUGGCCUAAAGCAAAGCGGACAGGGAUUAUACAGAUGUGCAGAUAUGCAAGUUUUCAUUCUGGCAUUGUGAGUCACUCUCUAGUAUGCAUGAGCAUGCUGCCGACACACACACAUACAGUAUAUUAUCACAGGUUUUGUUGGCAGUUCCCUUGUUUGUGUCUUGAUUAGAAUUGGUGUGUUGUUGUUUCUGAGUUAGUCUGCUACUGAUAUGUUUUUAAUUCUUAACCUGUGUUUUCCCUUGACCUUAAUUGGCUUUGAACUGCUGUGUUAAAACCCCCCACAAAACACACAUUUACUAAUACACACAACUUAAAAUAAAUAAUAAUAAAUGGCAAAGAUUUGUCUAAUGGGCAUGUUAUGAAGAGGAACUACUUUUUGAUUCUGUUAACAGGCGUCAAGGUUCCUACACAGAUGGAAUUUUCGUACUAUUCCAUGCCCUACUUUUUAGAAUUAUUUUUGGAAAUACCUACUUUUCUAUUUUAGAAAACAGUAUUUUUGUGUUGUUGUUGUUGUUGUUGUAGUUUUUUUCUGUGGUAAUAGUCUAGGAACCUAAUUAUUUUUUGUACUUUAUUUUUCAUUUACCAUAAUUCUUUGUAAGACCUGGAAAUUGAUCAAAUUACUAAUAUACUUUAUCAUGCUUUCCACACUUGCAUAGGAACCCUGAUAUGUGCACGGUUAUCGAAAGUUUGACUGCUAUGCUAAUGUCUGUUUAGUCUUCUUCAGUGUCUUUGUUAAGGGAGCACACAGCGUCAUGGGAGCUGCACAUGUCAAUCAAACUCUCAGUCAUAGCACUAAAGCUGUCCCAAUAUACCAAUAUUAACCACAAUUUUUAAAAAAGGAAACAUUGAUAUCAUGCCAAAAGUAAACAUACAAGAAGGAUAAAAUAGAGCAGUGGUUCUCAAGUCCAGUCAUCGAGUUCCACUGUCCUGCAACUUUUGGAGGUUUCCCUGCUCCAACACACCUGAUUCAAAUGAUCAGCUCGUUAUCAAGCCAUUCCAGAGCUUGAUAACGAGCUGAUCAUUUGAAUCAGGUGUGUUGGAGCAGGGAAACAUCCAAAACAUGCAGAACAGUGGGCCUCGAGGACUGGACUUGAGAACCACUGAAAUAGAGCCUAGAUGAAGAAGAAGAGCAGCUAGGCAGCUAGCUAAAGCAACUUUAUGAGAGAUGAUGAGACACUUUAAAAAAAAUGAUUUUCAAUAUCUAUUGUGGAUCCAAAAACAUAAAUUUAACUUUUAUCUACAUUUAUGUUUUCGAACUGUUUUUUUUAACUGUUUUUACAUCCAAUCUAGAACUUCUGAUCUACUGGGAGUGGUAUAUUUCAAAAUAAAAGCAUAAUUUUAAAGUGCAGGGUAUAAAUAAAAUUCACUGUAUUUUUCUACAAACAUAUUUUUAUAUCACAGUAUAAAUUGCAAAAAAAGACAAAUAUCCCUGCAUUAGUUUUAUUCAAUAUCGCACAGUCCUAUCAUGACCUGUACUACGGCCAAUUUGCUGGGUGAGCUUUAAACUUGCUUCACUUUUUGCACUGGUGUUUAAGUCAAAAGGGUAAUAGCCUGCAUUGCAUCAUGGGAAAAGCCCCCCGGCUUUUUUCAUGUUUUCAAAUAUUUUUAAACCUUCGACCAGAAUUCCUCUUCACCCUCUUCUUUGCUUCCAUGGAGUAAUUUCAUGGCUCAUUCCUGGGGUUAAGACCAGGUCCUGUGGAGUGGAAGAGUUGUAAAUAGCCUCCUGCUCCCUCCCCCAACAUUAAUACAGAGCCAACAAAUCUGAAUCUGGAUGUGCUUGACAUAGGAGUUGGCAGCGUGGUACUGUUUGAUGCUAUAUUUAGAACUUAAGGUUUGAUGUGUUAUAUAGGCGUGAAAUCACAACGUGGUGAAGUUUCACCCCAUCGCAGAUUACAGAGGAGUGAGGAUGACGGAGAUUUCUCUCCCUCUCCCCUCUUUCAUAUAAAACUUGGACUGUAAAUAGAAAAUUUUAUCUUCUGAGUUGAAUAAGAGGUGCUCAGCGGGGGAGAAGGGAGGGAGGGUGCUGAUGCCAAUAUCACGCUGCUGAAAUACACCGUGGCACCCUCUCUGAGACGCCUGAGCUAAAGUGGAUUAGCCAGACCACUUGCCUCAUCCUGCAUGCAAAAGGAUGAAGCAAACACACGCCCUGAAGUUCCUGCCAAGGUCAUCCAAAAAAAAAAAAAUCAAACUUCAACUAAAAGCCAACACAGCAAAAUAGUCCACACGGGCUAAUUUAGAUCCCCUCAUUUGGAGUCAAAUGAGUAAUGUCCAGUGAUGCUGCGUUAAUCUACUCUGGGAUUUGGCUUGGAACGACCUUCCGGGGUGCCGUACCUAACGGCUUAAUUACCUUUUCAAAAAGGGAAUACCUCUGAGAUUUAGCAGCCACUCUGCACAGAUAUGCUGCUCAGUCAAGAGGAGGUGAUAUGAGGUUACACUUCACUGGGCUGAGACGCUUUGACCUACCUACCCUCUGCACACAGGCACCAGUAUCACACUUUGCCCCGUAUUUUGACGCCUCUAACCCAAGCAGUUUCUCCUCUUUCUCUUCCACCUUUUAUCCUCUGAAAGUGAGUGCUAACUUUCAGAUCCCUGUGCUUUUUAAAUUUGCACUACAUCAUAUCUCCUCAUUUCUUUUUCAUUCUCUGACGAACUCGGAGGCACAUAUCACGCUUGUGCUUUUCAUCCCUUCCUGCCUCUUAGCUACUCUCCCAUUCCUCAACCUGAGGUGAUAAAAGUCUCCGACAAGGGCAGCGAGGGAUAAUACAGCACCAGUUAGCCACAAAUAGGACAGAGGAGAUUUGGCGGUUGUCCAGGCUGAUUAUAUGUAUGUUGAGGAAAGGUGACGGAUAACCUCUGGUGCUGAAUGUAAGGGUUUUAAAUAAAACUUAAAACCAAGUAAAAAGACAUCUAAAGGACUUUAACGCAGCUACAUUUUCUCAUUUGAGUCCCUUUUAGUAUUUUCUUGCUACUCCAUUACGAAAAGCGACCAGCCGAUGCAUGUGUUUCAGAGUCCCUGUAAUAGAGACAUCAAUUGGAUCGUAUGGAUAUUUAAUGGCUUUUGACUGCUUUGAGAUUCUCAGUCUUUUCCAGUGCCAGGAGGUUAAGCCAUCGGAGUCCAUUUAAGCCUACGGAACGAGCUCUUUGUCUUCAUUUUAUGACUUCUGGAUGUGUUGAGGUCUGGCCUUGUGGCAGAGAAUGAGAUUUCAGUGGAACCGAGAAGUCGUGAUCCUGCAUAUCUCCAUCUUUAAAGUGAUGCCUAUAAAGUGUAGGGUGGUCUCUGUCUAAUAAUUGCGAGGCUCUGUCCUUAACAGCUUGUGAAAUGAACUUGUUUCGUGGUCGAUUAACGUGUCAUCCCUGCUCCUCCUCUACCUCGCCGCAGCCGGAUCAGUUUACUGUGAGCGAGCACGAUCCAGCGCUAAUUUACGACCCCGCUCUCCCUCUCUCUUUCUUGUCUGUCUUGCGUUUUCUCUCGUCUCUGGCUGCGAGAUUGGCAGGUCUUUAGGGUCGAAAGGCGCUUAGCUUCCCACGUUCCUUCCUCCCGUCUCCUCCUCCUCUGUCUGACUGGCAGUAAUUACAUCAGGGCGCUGGCUGGGUUUGUCCGGACGACCCUGAAGACCUGCCAGCCAGAAAGAGACAUGCUGAUCCAGAAAACACACACAGUGCUUCAUCACAACAUACAAAACUGGGAACAUAUAGAAAUAGAAAAAAGAGGCAGUGCAGAGAAAGAAAGUGGUAGAUGUAGAAAUGGUUUCACAUCAGUAAUUCCUGACAGGUCUUUCUUGUUUUUCAUCCUCGCCUGCUUUCCUCCCUCUCCAUCAUGGCUGUGUGAACUCUAUAGUAAGCAUUUCUUACUUUCACAGACUCCUGGGUGCAGUAAAGGGUUUUUCUCCCUCCACUUAACUUGUAGGUGUUUCCCACAAGGAGGUUAACUAUAAAUGAGAAGCUAAAAAAGCUAAUUCAAGUCCAGCUCUAUUUUCAAAAUCACUCCCUACUCCUGAUCUUGUGAUCAGUCACUAGUGAUAAUAGAAAGAUGCCUUUUCUCUGAAACCACUUCUAGUAUGCGUUGACGACAUUAAAGCCUGGAUGGCUCUAAACUUUUUAAACUUCAAUGAAAAAAAACAAAAAAAACAGAAGUGAUGGUGUUUGGUUCCAAUGGUUCUUGUGAUCCCCCUCCUGUUAGUGAUGUGUCAUUCGCGAACAAUUCGUUCAAAAGAAUCAAAUCUUUUAAGUGAACGUACUGAGGCGAAUCACUUCCUAGAGUGUUUCGUUCGUAACUGAAGUGAGAAACAGCAUUGCCAGUCGAGCAGCCGGCGAACGAGGGACCACGUGCACUGACAUCUGAAUCACAUGAUGAACGAAUCACGCAUUGAACAACACACUCCGGAAUCAUUUUUGUCGGACAAAACUACCCUUUUUUUUAAACCGCUAAAUGCCGCCACAACAACUUGUAUACAAUAGGACACAGCGUGUAACAAGUAGUGCAUUAAACCCGCAGCAUCCUAUAAUUGCAGCGGUUUGCGAGGGAACGGUGCAUGUUCAGUGUGAAUUCUUCUGAACGUUCAGUGAACGAAUCACUCACUGACCCCAAUUUACUGAACAGACCUGAUAAAUAGCAUACCAUAGGACAGCACACUCAAAACAUCAUGACUUAUAAACAAGUUCAUUUUUACAGACCUUUGCCAAAUUAACACAGCCAAACACUUGUGUCUCCCAGUACCAGAAGCUUUGAACUGAACUGAAUCCUGAACCGUUCAGCUGUGUCUCAGUUCAGGAGGUUGGAGUCACAGGCUUUUCCCACCAAGUGCUUCAUGAUUCGGUGAUUUGGUGAAUGAAUCUUUUGAACGAAUCAUUUUUGUGAACUGAUUCUAGUGAUUCAGUACAUCUCAAAGAACUGCCAUGCCCAUCGCUACCUCCUGUUGAUUUGGGCCUCUUGGUGUUGUAUGUGAAGCCAACAAUUUCUAACCUGGGUUUUAAGAUGGACAGUAAUUUUAAACUAGACCGACAGAUCAGCGCAGUUGUUAAGUCCAGCUUUUUCCACCUUAGGCAGCUGGCAAAGGUGAAGCCACUGAGCACGGGAACACUUUGAGACAGUAAUCCAUGCCUUCAUCACGUCUCGGCUGGAUUACCGUAACGCACUUUAUUAUGGAGUCAGUUAGUCUUCCUUUGCACGUCUUCAGUUGGUCCAGAAUGCGGCCGCUCAUCACCCCCAUUCUGGCCUCCCUUCACUGACUGCCUGUGCAUUUUAGAGUUCAUUUUAAGAUUCUUUUAUUUGUUUUUAAAACCUUAAAUGGUCCGGCCCCAUCAUACCUCUCUGAGCUGCUUCACCCCUAUGCUUCUGCUUUGGUUUCAUUUGAAGUGCUCAAUAAAUAAAGCUGAGUUGAGUUGAGAUAAUGACGUCAAUGGUGUUACACAAUUAAAAUGCCUAGCUCAGCACAGGCCAGGAUCAAUGAUAACAAACGUCAUGGUUUUCAAUUAUUCCUCUGAUUAUACUUAUGUACAUGAGAGGACAGGCUUAAAGAGACGUUUACAUAACUACACAGAGCAUAUUUCCACAAAAUACAAAAAGUAUAAAACCAUCAAUCUCUUAUGUAAUAAUGAAGCCAUAUAUUUGUGCUAAAACACAGAUAUUUUCUCAUAUCACGUGAGUCUCAAGUUGGGCUACAAGGUAUCAGAUUUCACCUCAUGGUUGUCACGGUCAAAGAAAUCACAGUUCUGAUAUCACAAUGUUCAUAGAAAAAAAAAAAGGCUAUCAGUCAAAUUAAGUAAAAAUGCUACCUGAUUAAUUUUACCAAUAAACACAACUUACAUGUCUUCAUCCUUUUCCAGUGAUGCUCAUUUUGAGCUCAUUUGGGUGAAAUUGCCACCAAAUUUCAGCCGGUGGUCCUCCGUCUCCUGCUUUCCUUUGCACCAUAAUGUUUGCUGAUACACAACAUAUUGCAUGGUUAGGGAACAGGAUUUGCUCCACUUUUCAAAACGUAUUGUGUAAUAAUUCAAGACAGCGCUAUUCCCUGUGUCGUGCACUAUUUAAUGAGUAGUGAGUGAUUUCGCAAACAGACCAGGUGGAUUUAUCUGUUGUUGAAACACAGGCUUCGUUGCCAUUCAGUGACCCUCAGAAAGGUACAGAGGAACGGUUGUUGUGUCUGCAUAUACAUAGCUAAAAGAGGGUUGUUUUUUUUUUCAAUUUUUUCAAUGUUUUGGUUUGACAGGAUACUCCUCUCUUUUUUGAAGCACCCAUGAGAAAUGAGAAACUUUAGGUUUGUUGCUUUUGGCAACCUUGGUGGACAAAGAGUAAAUCGUACCCUCAUUAAGCUCCUGAAAUUUCCAACAUGCAAAUCUCUUAAUAAUGUUGAAAACCUUUUCAAAGGCUGUUUUCUGAGGUUGCUGUUCAUCACCUCAACUGAAACUCCUUAUGUGUCAGGGGAGAAAUUACAAGUGAUGGACUGAGUCUUCUGUCUGGUGGUCUUAAUGGUAUUUCGACAUUUUAUCAAAGCAUCAGUCUUCAUUUCAGUCUGGUUCAUUACCAGCUAAAAACCUAAAUCAAGCACUGUGAGGAGUAUAUAUCAGAGCCAAAACCACUUUAAAAACUAAUAAAAGAUUACUGAAUGAUCAGAUUUGAAAGCGCUUAUAUAACUUUAAAAACUGCUUUGAAUAAAUUGCAUCUCUUUUUUAAUAACCUGGAGGAAAAGAUAGAAAGAGUCACUGUAGAAGAUAUGAAGACUUUUCACGGUUUAGAAAAAUAAUAAAAAUUUCUGUCUUUUUUAACUUGCAACACUUUCAUCAGCAAUUCUGUCUGUUUCUUCCGCCUGUGUUCUGUUUUUGACUCAAACUUAUGCAAGAAAUCUGAGCAAAACGGUGAAAUUAUAAUGUCUUCUUUGUUAUUUUAUUGGACUAACUCUGUGAUUGGAUUUUAAGAGCGCAGAAAAGGUCAAUCUGCAACUUUAAAUUCAAUGCAUCUUUUCCCUCUACGUCUUUUCUCAUCCACAGUGACCCUUUUAGACUCUGACAUGUCCCAUGCUUGGCUGUCUCAUAGCUUUAUGCUCAUUCCAGGGAGAAAUAGUCGGAUGGAUAGACAGAGAACAGAAAAGAAAGAAAUCAAAUAUUCAUGGUGGAGGAUUUAAAUAAUCAAGGACUAAUCUAGCAAGAGAGAUACAAUUCUGAAAAUCACGCUCUUCCCCUGGUGAAUAUGCACUCAGAAUAAUUGGAGAUCACAGUAGAGAAGCACUGCUGCCCACUAUAUCCCCAAAACCACCAUCUGUCUGUAGCUGUAUGAGAGUCAACACACAACCCAUGUAAUCUGAAGUGAAUGCAGCCUCUUAGAGGAUUAUCAAUUAUUUAUUUUGGAGGUAUUUUUUUAGAGCGCCUGUUGCUCAGCUCAUGAACAAUCUAAAUGCAAACCCUUCAAACAAAGAUGGAUCAAAGUGGGAGCUCCCUCUCUCUUUCUGUGUUUAUCUAAUUUUGUUUUUCUACCCCCCUCUUCUCCUUCCCCGCCCUCUCAGCGGCGUCCAGCUUCAGUUUUUGCCGUGCCUCCCUGGAGCACACGCUGUCUGCUGAAGAGCUGAGCUACCAGCUGCCGCGUCGCGCCGGAGGCAGCAACCUGACCUGGCAUGAUGGUCGCGGCCAGAAGACAGCACACACGCGCACCGUCAAACUCCUGCAGCAGCCCGGCACAGAGGGCAUCCAGGUAUAAAUAUGUCCAUGCAAACAAAGCUGAGGCAAAGUGGAGGAGUGUUUUCACAGCAUACUAAUGACUUUCAAAUGUGCUGUCACGUAAGGGAGUCAGAGUACAGGCCAAUGAAAUGGUUUAUGUGACGUGUGAUGGUGAAGAGCUGGGCAGGUUAGACAUGACAAGGAUACAAAGUAGUUUAGACUUUGAUAUUGGUGCUUUCUUUGUGGGCACGGAAUCCACUUCUCUGAUCAAGCUCAUGACCAUGACUACAAGAUCACUGAUUCACUGUUGUGACUUUAGUUGUCAUAGUAAAACAUUCAUUGAUGAAUUUAUCACAAGAGGAAAAAAAGACAAACAUAAUCAUGCAUAUUAAUCACACACUCACACGUCACUGAUCAUACAACCCUUUAAAGCAACAGGUCCUUUCUCUACACACCUGCUCUGCAGAGAAAUGGACACGCACAAAUGAGAGACAAGCAGAAAGGGCUGUAUGUGGCUCAGUGGGUUGGAGGUUUGACCCCAGCUUCCAUAGUCACAGAGUCCGAGAGUCAAAUGCGUAAGAGCCUUUAAGGAAAAACACACAGUACGUUUACAUGACACUUUAGAAAACUGAAAUAUUGCCUUACUUCGAUUAAGACCUGACAACUGAAGUGCAUGUAAACACCUUAAUCCGACUAUAAUCAGAGUUCGAGAACUCUGACUAAGACACCUAGAUAAUGUGAUUGGAAUUCGAUUUUCUCUACCAUGUAACCAGUAUAGUUGGGGUACGAUUGGACAAUGUAUGUGUGCAUGCGCCACGCCCCCAUAACCUUGAAAUAAAAACACCAGGGAAGAGGAGUAGCAUGCGUACAUCCUUUACUACAAAAACAAGGCUCAAAAAUGCCCUGCAGCAGUUGUAGCCACUACUGACGUCUGGCACAUACCUGCAGUUGUUGUUGACAGUUGUCUUGGGUCUACCGGAAACAACUGAAAAGACCCAAAACGCCCCUAGUUUUGGGGAGAAGGAUACAUUCACAUCAGUAUUUCGAUUUCUCAGAUGCAUGUAUACUUGGACAAGGAGAGAAGUCCGAUUUGGUGAGAAAAAAAAAAAUAUGAGCUUAGUCUGAUUAAGCUGUGCAUGUAAAUGCACUGCCUGUGUCCUAUGCAGGGAUGGGGAUUGAUUACCAGAUCCAAAAAUACCUGGUUUAGACUUUUCAAGACCGAAAAAUAAAUAACAUUUCGAGUCUGCUACUGAGUCUCCUUUGAAGUCACGUCAUAGUUGAGCUAAAAUCAGGGCAUGUUGAUGUUAACAUAGGGUUAGCAAACAGUAGCUACAAGGAGAUGAAAUCUGGUGGUCAGUUGCUUGCAGCGAUCGUUGAACAUGCAAAGAGGCCCAGACUGCUUCUGCAUUUUGUUAAAUCUAAAGACAGGUAUGAAGUGAAAUGUAAUGUAAGAUGCAAACUCAUAAAUUUCACAAACUCCAAGGUCAAUCUCAUUAACAUUGUACAUCAAAUCAAGCCCAAAAUACAGUCCCUUUGACUGUCUGCAGCUUGAAACUACUGUGUCUCAGCUGCUGCUGCUGCUGCUGCUGCAGGGCUGCCAUCCUGACUGAAGAUUGAAGAGAGUUAAGGUACUCAGAUCAAAGUAGUGAGCUAGAAAUAAGAGAAGAAGAGUCACCAUGCAAAAAUAUGUUGAUGCAAAUGAGUGUGCUAACCAGUAAUGGGUGAUUCCUCUCACGAGUGAGGAUAUCUACAAUUAAUUCAGAUCAAUUAAUUACACCGCCUGUAAUUAAUUUGACUAUUUUUAACAGCCUGUAGGCAAUAGGUGUGUCACCAGUAUGAAUCAGAAGUAAAACUGCAUCACAGGGGUGGAUCAAACUUUAAACAGAAGCUUAGCAAAGAAAACAUGAUUCCCCUCAGGGAGGCUUUGGUCCAGUGUGAAUUAAACAGCAUCUUAUGGAAGUGUAAUAUAUUUAUGAAGCAGUGUCUCAAACUAUAUAAGAGAAAAUGUGCUGUAGGAAUCUCUCCAGAAUCCAUACUUUGACACUGGCGUGAUCUGUUACCAUCGACGGGGACUAGACAGAGCGUGAGUGAAUCACCGUCUGGGCUGUGUAGCUGUCAAACAUCAGCGGUAUCAGGGAAGCUAAUUGUUUUAUCUUGUACAUGAUGUUGGCUGGCCUUACCCAAGUCUUUGCUAGAUAACCACCAGGGAGGGGGGAUUUAUGUAAUAGAGUCGAGCUAUGGGAGCUGUUACCUCACUCGCAGUGAUGUAAUAACGCUCGUACAAAAGGAGCAAAUACUGCAUAAACUCUUGGAAACAAAGCGUAUUAAAUCUAAAAAUCAAAUUUUUCGCCCCAUGUGUGUUUUUGUCCUAAAGCAUGACCAGAGCUUUAACAAAACUGACGGCUUUAAACCCUGGAUAUUCACUGUAUAAUGUGAGCACAGAAGCCAGAGCCUCAUUUACUUCCACGCUUUGCUCUCGUGUAAAAAUUGAAUGUAAUGGUGCAACGCUAGAGAGAGGCAAAACAAAGAUGACAAUGAUCUAUUUUAAGGCCUUCUGCCUGUGUCUGACCUAAAAGCAUCUGACACAACAACCUACUCUCCACAUGAAACCGAGCAGAUAGCCCAGUGGAGGUCAUUUGUCGAGUCCGUCCUCUAUCUUUAAAAAAAAGUGAGCAACUGUAAGGCUGUGAGAAAUACAUAUGCACUGCAAGAAUAUUCAAUAAUUCAUAAAAGACUCCCCCCUCAGCUAUAAAAGCUAUAAAAGGCUUAAUAAAAGAGGAGUGGGAAGCUGUUUCCAUGUGAUUACGCAGAGACUGGAUAAUUAAACCUCUGCUAUACCAUGAGAAGUAAGGCUUAUCAUUUCCUUGUGGCAACAAGCCUUUUAAUACAUUAUUCAACGAUUGGGCGAGCAGUCCAGCUCUCUCUGAUGUGUGUGUGUGUAUUCACAAAAUUUGUUAAUGUCUGCUUGUGCAUCUGUAAUUUCCAGAAUGGGUAUGUGUGUGUACACGUGCGUUGGGCUGAUGUUUGUGUGUCCGGUCCUCACAGGAGUGAUGAUUAGAUUAUUCUCCAUUACACUGCUUGUGCACACAUCAGCUGUAAUGAGGGAGCCAGUUAAGUGAAACAAAGCUCAGCGUCUUUAUAUAAGGGGGGGGACCUGGGGAAUCUUCCUCAUCUGUUUAAUAAAGCUAAUAAAACACAUUAUACUCCUAUGCAAACUCCUCCGCACACGCAGACACAAACACACACAUACAACGCAGACCUGACAGUUUUUUCGGUGGCUGUCAUUAGCUGCGUUUACAUGGGCACAAAUAAUCGGAAUAAAUGCCCGAUCGGAAUAAAAAUGUGUCAUGUAAACAUGUUGAUCGGAAGAUUCUAAUCCAAUUCAGCUCAAUUGGAAAAAAAAUGUACUCAGAUCAAGAGGGUGGUUUAUGCCGAUCGUUAGUUCGAAACGCGUCCAUGUAAACACUUAUUCCGAUCGUGACUCUCUUAACUGACUCGAUCUUCACUCUUUAUCCUUUGGCUUAUUUAUUGAGGCCAGAACUGGAGGUUUCAUUAUUAACCAUAGACUGUAUAUAGAAUGGACAGCAUCUGCCUCCUUGCUGGGUGAAGCCACUCCGAGAACAGCACCCUCUGUUGAUGGGCUGCAGUACAGGUCAUAAAUCCCGCCUCCGCCAGCAAAGCUUAUGGGACUGUGGACAAACUUUGGAAAUCAAUUACACAGAAUAUAAAGUGAAAAAUAUAAACCACAGAUGCCGUGCCUGCUCCUCUGGUAACAUAACAAGGCGUACAUACAGCGUAAUGAUGUCACAUCAGCACGCACAGAGCAACCUUUGACAGAGCAGUAAAACAAGUACCUAAGGGUGCCAUCUCGUGACAACAUUUAACAGGGUGAAAACUCCUGAAUUGGAUGGAGCUCGCCACUAACGCCUUUGUUGAUUUGUUGACAGCACAGGCGAAAAUACAACUCUUCUUCUGCAGUUGUUUUAGUGAAAUCAGACAACUCUGCGCAUGUACAAAUGCUUUGUGCAUGUAUACGCACGUUAUGAUUGAAUUAUUUGAUUUUCACCCAUGUAAACAGUGGAUUCAGAUUAUCUGAUCCCUCAAAUUUUUCAUCGGAUCAAGAAAUUUUUGUUACUGUCAGAGGCUCUCUGCAAGUUUUUGCAGUACAAAAACUCUGUGAGUACACUUAAAGAUUUACACACUCCCAGUGUAGUAUAAACCAAAUCAUAUUCCUUACUCUUAAAUAUAACACUACUGUAUAGAAGAAGAACAAGAAGAAGAAGGAGAACAAAAGGAAGAACUGUUUUGAUCCCCGAAGGCAAAUUCUGUAUUUUAAUAUUUUGCAUUUCUCUCCUUUUUUUGCCCAAUAAAACAAGAAAGUCUCGGCCCUGAAUGAAACAUUUAAGUCCCCCCAGGAGGUGCCUUUUACCUCUACAGUGACUUCAGACUUUUCCUCUAAGGCCACUGACAAGAGGGUUCCUAAAUAUUGUUUGUAGCAAGGUCCUUAUAGUGUCAGUAUAGGGUCUUAAAUAAGAAAAUAAUUGGUCUGAAUCCUGCACUAGCCCUCAAAACAAGAUUAUUUCAAAGUUAUACAAGUGAAAUGCUGCAACCCCACACUCACAGACUACAAUUCAAUGUCAUCGUAUGGAGGUUGCUCACUCAUUUGUGUUGUGUUGUUACAUUGCUGCAGGUUGACCUGUAUGCAGACCUAUCUGUUGGGAGGAAUUUUCCAGAUAAUGGCUCAUUAUGUAGCUGGCGCAACCUCAGUGCCAUCCUUAAAUUGGCUGUUGUUUGGGUAGCCAGAUGGGGUGAGGGGGCUGGCUUUUGUGGAUCCCUUAUUUUGCUGCCUGACACACAGCUUGGUGGGCCUGUAGAUGAGGUUGGGGGAUAGGUGAAUAACAGAGGCGCAUUUUAGGAAGUUACAGCAGCUUCUUCCACAACAGGAAAGGUUGACUUUACUUUCUAAUAGGUUGGCGAACAAUAAGAACUGCUUUGUGGUUACUUUUCUUUCUCAUUAGGAGAAUUCAGUGGAUGACCUUUUCAGCUGACAUCAAUACAAAGAAGAGAAUUUAAGUAGAGAAAACACACAAACACACCACACAAAGCAUCUAGAGUUUGGCCACCUUUUGUAAGAAAUGAAUACCAUUUGCUGUAGAUUUUAAAGAUGACAGUCUCCAGUGGAUCUCAUUACUUUGAUUGAAUAGGCACACAGCAGCCACUUUUUGCUUUUUUUGUCAUGUUUUUCUGCUCUGGUGUUACAGAUGUUUUAAUUGCUUGAUUCUUACUAGUCAAAACCCCAUAACAAGGGUGAUAAAUUCUUCAGGCUACAUAAUUUCUGUUGUUCUGCAACUUAAAGGUGGGGGAGGCAGGAUCUGAGGAAGUGCCAGUUUUUUGGGGAGAAAACUUGAAUGUAAACACUACCCCUCCCAACCAGUUUUCCCCUCAGCUCCUCCUCUCCCCUCUGUCUCUGCUCCAGCAAGCCCCGCCCACAAACAGAUGCUCCUGCUCGCUUGUAUCGUUCCAAUUAAAUUCAGAUAGAACGCAGGUAAAUACUUCAGAUAAUUACAAAUGGGGCCCAGUCAACGUGAACGUAAACAGCAUUGGUGCUACUGUAGAUGCCAACAGACUACCAGCAAACACAAUGUUUGCAGGACUUCUACAACUAGGAUAAAGUGACAUAGUCCAGGACCCGAGGUAAACAGUUUAGUGGUGCUACAACACGAAGCAGGUCCUGUUUGACAAGAAACCUGUCUUUUACACUUGGCUGACUUUAUUAAAGCGGUUUACCUGUCCAGCAGAAAGGUUACAGGGUCCGUAAGAUCCUGAAGCAUCCCCCAUCAUUGUUGACCCGUCUUUUUUAGCUCUUGUCCAGGUGGUCUACCUCUGUUUUAAGCGCCCGUAAUUCCGCCAGAGUCUCCGGUAUUUACUUUGUUUUCUUGCUUGUGUUGGUGGUCGUGGCUAAAGGAGGAUUCAGACAAUUUUCUGUACUGUCAUUGUCUUUCUGUUUUUUACUGUCCGAUAUUGUAGCACGCUAACUUUUUUUGGGCUCCUGAACGACACGGGGGAGCAGCAUAUGCCUCACAACCAAUCAGGAUGGGGGAGGCGGAGAAUGGCUUUGUUUACCGUCAGAAAGAGCAAAGCGCUGAGGAAUUUUAAAAUGUUGACUACACAGACAUAACAAAACACAGCACUAUCAUGAUGUUACCAAAUGUCAUCAAUAACCAAUAGUUAUUGACUGAUAUUAAAAGCUUUUACACCACAAAAAAGAUGCUUCUUUAACAGAUUCCUGCCUACCCCACCUUUAAAUAAUAGGUUACAUUGUUACUUUUACAUAGAAGUAAUCCAUCAUGAAAAAAAUACCAUUCUCCACUAGUCACCACAAAAAAGCAAACUUCUUGUGCAUCUGUUCUGAUUUUUCCCUCCCACUUGAUUACAGAUAGCUGUAUAGCAGCAGUAAGGUAUCCCUGCAGUAGUUAUCAGUCUGCAUGUACAUAUAACCAUAGCGAAUUCAGCUAGUGCUCCUGGAGGACAAAAGUUUGGCUAGCAUCAAACUCAACUAAUUGUGCACCAGUGUGAAGUAACAUCAAAAUAGUCCCAGUGCUGCUCUGUUCUCCUUACAUAACAUCUUGUUUCUUUCUGUCUUAUUGUUGUUGGAUCUAAUUCAUGAGACAUAUGCAGAACAAAUGUGUGUGUAAACUGUUCCUAGAAGGAAAUUUAGGCAUGUUUAGCAGCUACCAACAAAGUCUACAUCUUCUUCUGCCUGCACAUGAACAUUGCUUGUUAUGUAACUAAUCCGGGUGAUGAGAGUUGACCGGCCUAUUAAUAACAAUGUAGCCUGUUAAAACCCUGCAGGUGUACAGAGCCCCUUUGGAGCCAGGUCAAGAAAAAAAAAAAAAACUUGCCAUGUGCAGAUCCUUGUGCACACAUUCACAGUCUGAGCACAUGGACUAUAAUCCGUGCCCAUGGAUUUGCAUUUUGCUAUUUUUCCUUGACCUGGUUGCUGACUAAGAGGAAGGUGCUGUCAGUUCAUGGUUGAUUGGCAUUCAUGGACAUACACACAUGCCUUUGAUCAAAUCCAAGUUUUGCAUUGAGUUCAUGAAGCGGGUGCAGUGUACCAAGGUGGUUAAUUUGCUUAUCUACUUACAGAUUUAGUAACCUUCAGUGAAUGAGACAAUUGUUGUGUACAGAUCCAGAAACAAGUUCAACUACAGCUUUUUUUCCGUCCCCAUCAUGUCAGUCUGUUUCUGGCUCAGUCCACUUCUUUGGUUGAAACUGGAAUAUUGUAAAAACUUUUGAAUUCCAUGAAACUUUAUGUGGACAUUUAUUGUUCCCAGAGGAUGCUAAUAACUGAGUGGCCCAAAUCUAAACUUUUGUUUUACUAAUAAAUUACUUCAACACAAGCCUCAUGAGUGGUUAGACUGUUUAUAAACAGAGAUUCUUUGUCUUCAGAGGAUGCCCCCAAGUGAUAAGGAUGAAUUCUGUCUUCAGGCUGGUGACAAGUGCUUUGUUUGAGUACAAAGAUUCAUGAUUCUCAGAGGAUGACUCUUUCAGUUAGUCUUUUUAGUUUUCUUGAAAUCUCCACAAUAAGAAAGACGUCAAAGUGACGCCCUACAAAAAGAACUUGAAAAAAGAUAGCAGAUUGCGUUCAUGUUGGCUUAAAUAUCAAACAUCUGAACAAUGUGCUUCAUGAUUGUAUUUGCCUCAAGUAUUACUCUGAUUUGUUAUGAGCUCACAGACCAAAGACCACAGCUGUAUACUCUCAGUCUCACACAUUCAGCCUCAUAUUAUUGUUUCAAGCCAAAAUGUCAGAGAAAUGUUUUGGCCAGUGUGGGCAGUGAAGCAGCUGUCAGCCAGUUGAUAGAUUUAUUGAGACUUCCCUCAACAAACAGAUGACAGUAUGGGUUGUGUGCCUGAAAUCUUAUGUUUUAACCGACAAGUGACCUCGUGAUGCAACAAGUAAUUAUCCUCUUUGAAAAGGAGAGGCGGAUGUAGAUUGGCAUUUUGGUAUAGAGACAAAACCUCUAAGGGAGGCACGGUUAGAAAGUAUCUUUGACACAACAAGAUGGUACAAGUUCUGGCGAGUAUUUUGGAUGAGCUGUAACUUGUGUAAACUUUAAUGGUUAAGACAAGUUACUAAAGAGUUGCAGGAAGGGAGGAGAUAAAAGCACGAAUGACCAUUGCAAAGUUUUGUCUGGAUGAAAACCGACUAACUUUGGAGAGUUGCCACAGCUGCAUAAAACAAGACUGCACAACUGGGUUGAUGUGUUGGUUCACACAGACGCUCUUGUCAAAGACGACACCUAGAUUUUUACAUUCGGUGGUAACAUUUUGUGACAGAGAGCCUAGAUGUGUCACCAUUCCUGCUGAGAGGGGGCCAAUUACCAUCACCUCAGUGUUCUCAAGAUUUAGCUGCAGGAUAUUCUGAGACAUCUAGCGUUUUAUGUCUGUGACGCAAAGUCUGUUAAACUAAAGACUGUUAAAAUCAGUGGGAUUAAAAGACAGGUACAUACAUACAAGCACAAACUUUCUUUGUUUUAUACGUCACAGGGGUAACAUGUAAAGGAUGAAGAAGAGUGGCCAAAGAACUGACCCCUGGGGGACCCCACAGGUCAGCCUCACACUAGAUGUUUUUGAACUGUCAAUAUGAAUACAAAAAGAGCUGUCCUGAAAAUAGGAGAGUUUAAAACUGAUCCAGACAUGUCAAGCUAGUGAUGGAGGCGUUCCAGUAAAAUGGCAGACUGUAUUAAAGGCGGCUCUCGGGUCUAAAGGUCCUUACACACCGGGAGUAUUUUUUUCGUGAGAUUAUUUCCGACGUCAAAAUUUUUUUUCAAACCCGUAUCCUGUCAAUACAAGCAUUCACAUCAGCGACGUUUCCCCAGCCUGCGAAAUUGCAGCAUUUAUUUUUUCGUAUUACGGUCGUUUUUUUUUCUUAAGUUUCGCAUACUGUGUGUUCACUUCUGACCAAUCAGAUUUCGUGUUGUUGCGACAUCAGAUUCACCGGGAUAUCCAACAUGGCCGACUGGCUGAUUGUUUACGUGUCGGAGAACACGCUUUUUGAUAAAAAACACAAACAUUACAAAGAUAACGACCUGAAGGACAACUUGUAGAGAGUCAUAGCAUUGGAUUUCUCAUAUGACGAUGGUUUGUGUGCUUUAACAGAUUGCUAAAUGUCUUUUCUUAACUUUUAUCUGUGCUAAUUAACUUUAGCCCGUAAGCUAACUGUUCAGAUACAACAUACCAUAUGUAUUUUCACUGUCUCAAACUCACAGCACGUUGCUGUCAUAGCACCAUUAGGUCUUGGUUGUUACCUUACGUUUAUGGAUUAUAGUUUAAUGUACUUAUCUGGUACUGGCCCCGACUCAGUACAUGCUAUCAUGACAGACAGCCAUCUCAACACUAGUGUCUAAUCAGAACUAAAAAAAACAGUCAGUCUGGUGUUGUGUCAGUCUUCUUGCUUCCACCUGUAAUGUCUUUUUUCUCCCCAGAAAGUCACAAAAUCGCGUCGCGCUUGAUGUGAAUAGUCAGGCGUGUCAAAAAUUGCCUACGAAUAUUUCGUAAUUUUGUGUUGUAUGUUUGCAUCGUUCCCGGUGUGUAAGGACCUUCACGCUAAAACUAUCGAGCAGUGAUCAACAAAUCGAAAUGUGAUACUCUUGUGUUGUGUUCAUACUGCUAAAGGAAGGUAUGAAACUAUGAAACUAUUAUGCAAUUCAAUGUUCAAAUAUGAAUGAAGGCUGCUUUGGUUUUUUUGUUGAUGCAGUGGAGAGAAGAGGCCCUGAGAGAAAAAGAAGAACUUAAAAAAAAGAAGAAAGAAAUGCUUUAACAUGUGUUGUCCUUGUCCUGCUCCCCAAUGAUAUAUCGUUCUGUCCAAGACACAUGUUUGACUCAUGCUAAAUAGAAAGCUUUGUGAAAAUCCCAUCUGGCUCUUUGUCCUCCUCCCACCGAGAGUCGGCUCAAAUUCACAUGAAUGCGAGACAUUUGCAAACACUGAGUCCUGAGGACAACCAAAGGCAGAGUAGUAAAAAAACUAACAGAGGCUGACAGCUCACACACUCGUACACACUCUCCUUCACAGGCACAGUCAAGUAUACACUUAGAGAAAAAAGCUCACACAUAAACGUUUUCCGAAUCACUGUGACACAGUCAAACACACUUAUGCACAAGGCUAGACAGAGCAGUGGGAGACACAAGGGUGCUAAAUGAUGCAACAGAAGCUGCCAGGGACAAGGGGAGGACUCAGUGUUACUGGUGUGUAGGGAUGAAGUAUAGGGAUGAAAUGAGGAGCAGGCAAAAGAGGCGCAAAAGAGAUAUGACGGAUCAGAUGUCAGGACUUGUCAGGGUCUUUUUGGACUGGAGAGAAACUGAUUGAAGAUCUGAUUCUAAGAUGACAGCAGAGCAGGAGAUAGAUAGGUGGAGGAGAUGAGGAGACAGACAGAGAGAGUUGUUAAGUUAGACAGCAGAGAGUACAGGGAAGAUAGAAGAGGAGAGUUUAGCCUCCUGUAGAGAAAUAAAGUGACAGCAGGGGAAGAUGUAGAGCAGAUAGGAAAAGGCAGGUGUUGGCUGCGGUACAUGAUUUGCAGAUUAUAAAACAGAGAUGCUCGCACACCCACGAAGAGACACACUCACAUUUUGGGGCUAAUUGGUGUGGCAUCAUUGAUAAAUCUCAGGCAGGGUGCAGUGUAGGUGUGCAAAGACAGAGGCAGAGAUCGGAAGAGAAGUAUUAUCGGUCACAAAGAUUGAGUUUUGAGGAUUCCCCACACUCCUCUGACUUUUGACUAAUCCCGAUUUAUCUGUGCUGAGAGGCAGGGCAUGCACACACAGAGAAACACAGGCUCUUAAAUGAACAAAACAAGUAGUUUGGCGCACAGAAGACGGAUCGAAGGGAGAAAAUGAGAAAAAAAGAGAGAGGUGGAGGGGGAGCUUGUCAGGCAGGGGGAGUAUAAAAUUUAUGAGGAGCAAGCAGAGGGGGGUGAGAGACAUGAUAGAACAAAGUAAGCACGGAAGGACAAAUAAGCUGCUCAAGGAUACAAACAGGAUGAUCAAUAGAGAAGUGCAGCGAAGUCGAUCUGAGUGUGCAGAGUAGGACAGGAAAAACAAUGGGAGGGAGAAGACGACGACAGGGAACAAGAUGAGGACAGAUGCACCUAAAAGUAGCUGAUAAGAUGACUAUUGUUUAUGAACUACCUUGAUUUCAAAACAAAAAUACACUGAUGUUAUAAAUCAACCCUCGGGGCCCCUUUAAAAAGUUAUGUUUAGGUCCUUGGAUCAGUGGUUCUCAAGUCCAGUCCUUGAGGCUCACUGUCCUGCAUGUUUUGGAUGUUUCCCUGUUCCAACACACCUGAUUCAAAUGAUCAGCUCGUUAUUAAGCCAUUUCAGAGCUUCAUAACGAGCUGAUCAUUUGAAUCAGGUGUGUUGGAGCAAUAUUUUUUUCCUUUUUUUUUUGCUUAAAUCUUUAAAUCAACUUCAUUCCCGAUGUAUCUAUCAAAUAUUAAUUCAUUUUUAGAAUUUUAACCCUUUAAAUGUCAGUUUGAUUAUUUGAUGUCACUGUUAUUUUUAAUGGGAAAAAAAAGGAAUUUGGAGUUAUUUUCCAUAUAUUAGAGGCUGGGCAGGAAUUUCUUUGUUUUGUUCAUCAAGGACUAUGGUGUGUCAAUAAUUAACAACAUCAAUUUUGAUGCAUUAUUAUGUUUGAUGUAUUGUCUAAUUCCUAAAAAAGUUACAUUUAGGUCCUUAGUUGGACAAAAAUGUCCAUCUGCUAAAAGCUGAUGGUCUGCAUCAGACUGAAGCUUCCCUGCAGCUAGUCUGUGUGUGCGUCAGAUGUGCCUGCAGAUGUGCCUGCAGCUGUGCUGACGUGAUUUCAUACAUGCGCUAUAGGCCUACUGCUCUUACCUGCUCAAAGUUAUAAUGACCUUUCUUCACUUUACCUCUCAUUUCUGUCUGUAAAGGAGUCCUCUGAGGUUUGUUCUGUAUUAGUUAAGGGAAUUUAAAUCCUCUUAUACCCGUAGUUUUUUCUCUUCCACUCAUCCUGAUCAGACAGGAUGAUGACGGCACAUUGACCCUCCUCACAAAUAGUUACAGUGUGCCUGCCUGUCAGUCAAGCCAGCAGUGCCUCUGGUUUGCUGAUCUGAACCUGAAUAACUCCAAAAUAACUCCUGUGGGAGCCCCGAGCUAAAUCAGACCAAAACCAAUUUUUAGACCAGGCUGUAAACGUGUUUAUUUUUGCUCUAAAAAUUGCUUUUUCUCCGGUGUGUGUAUGUGGUUUUCAGUGCUGCUGCAGGAGGCCCGAAGCAGGAACUUGGGGAACUGCACUUUUUAGCUCUUCUUUCUCAUGAGGAUGUGAGGAAAACAAACACUAUAGAGUCUUUAACAUUCCUAGAACUGUUCAGAGUUGAAGGAGAAGUACUAUUUUAUUUGUGAAUUAAAUGUGCUUUUGGUCUAGUAGUGGAAACCUUGGAUGUCUUCAGUGACUCUUGCAGCCAAUCCUUUCUGGCAGGCUCUGGCUUCACAAAACGUCACCAGUGCAAAAUGUCAAGAGGGGGGGGAUUCGCUUAAUUUUGCACACUAUGAGGAGGUAGAGAUGCCUUGGUCCAUCUUUGAAAACCCUGAACCCUCAUUAUGCACAAAAGUCCCUUUUUACCAGACACUUAAAAAGCCUUGACUGACAAAUUGAUCUUGUUCACACACCAAACAAAGCCACAGUUAGAAGAGCUUUUAAAUAUUAAUAUAAAGUCCAGUUUGUAGCAGGAUUGAGGCUAAAUCUACCGAGCUUCUACUUCCUCUGCUGACGACCACAUAUCCUUUUUUCCCCCACCUCCCAUUAGACUUCUGCUCUAUAUACAGCCUCCACUUCCCCUCCCCUCCGGCUCCAUCUUCCCCCUUUUUCCCCCCUCUACGUAAUAAAUGAGGGUGUUCCUCCCGCUGGACAGAAGUAGGUCUCAGGAGGAGUGGGAAGGCAGUAAAGGGUGAACAGAGACCAGAGAGAGCUGGCCAGAGGAGAUACAGCCUGAUAGAUGGACAGUGCAAGAGGAGCAAGGGAGGGGAAAAAGAGAGAGGGAGGGAUGAUGAGGGGGGGGCUAUCAUUUCAUUUCCCCUCUGUCUGGCUCCUGAUGAUGAAGGCUAUUACUCACUCAAAGGCUGCCACACUCCUCCACACACCGUCCUCUCUUUCUUUAAGUCCCUUCAUUUCACUUUUUCAUGUCAUGGUCAGAACAGUUGUGUAUCCCCAUCACCAGUCAAUAAGACGUCACCACAACUUAAACACAACGCCCAAAAUCUGUUUAUCUGAUUUAGUAUUAGUGCUGAUGGGGGCAGUAUACUGCGUUGAUGCACUCCCUUGUUUUUCAAAGAUUUUUGAAGUGAAGACUCUUUUCUAUAGGUCCCAGAAUCCAAUAUGUAUCUAUCUUUUUCUGCGAUCAUGUUGAUUUAUGAGCUAAUGUUACAGGUUUUCAACCAGAGGAAAAGGUGGAAAGGAUAAAAAUCUUAUCUCGCCCUCUUUCUCUGUUAUAAAUCUGACAUUUGCUCUCUCUUUAGGGCAUGAAGUACACACUGAACACCGUGUACAAACAGUGGGUUUAACCUUAGAUGGUACUGAUGCAUUUAAAGUCCUACUACAAUUGUUUUUCUUUUUUACUACUUAAAGUGUAAUCAGUUGUCUUUGAGUUCUGAUGAGGAAGUUUUUAGCCAAAAUCACGUUACCUGUGUCAUUUUCAAGGGCUUUUCUUCUGCAGAGCUCUAGUAGCUCAUUAGCAUUUCGCCUUUGAGUCGUAGAUGGAGACAGCGCUGCUCUGCACAGUUCUCUUCAUACUAGCUUAUAGCCUAACAUUGCCAGUGUAGUAGAAGUGGCAGGUAAAAUUAGAGCUCUUCAGCUCUCUGAAACUAAGGCGACGUUCACACUGCAGGUUAUGAUGCACAAUUCGGAUUUUUUGUUAAAUCCGAUCUUUUUGUGCAGUAGUUCACAUUGCAACAAUGAAUGCAGCAUCUAAUGUGAACGGAAUGCGUCUGUGAAGUGACCCGCAUGCGACCAAAGCACAAAUUGCUUUCACACUAACAUGAAAAAAUCAGAUAUGUGUCACAUAUGGUUAAAAACAUCGGAAAUGACCUGCAGUGUGAACAUAGCCUAAUAUCUUUGGUUACAUGAUUAAAGUUAAUAUCAUAAUUACCUUUCUAAGAGCAUUGCAAUCCACUAACGCACACACGGACAUGAUUGUCCUCUCUAGUUUUCGGAGCCUGGCCUGCAUAGGGGUGGGGGUGGAGUUUGGAUUUGCUAUGUAGGAAAUCUCACUGUAUCUGAGCUUGCUGGUUGGGUCUGUGAGAGAUUCACAGUAAUUUGAAAGCAGAAAUACUCAGAAAUGCAAUUUCGCGCUUAGUUUUCUUCUGAUAUGUCCUGAAGCAUCAGAAAAAUGCCAUAUAAACAUGAAGACAACAAGAAAAACAUGAUUUUCAUCGGAGUGGGUCUUUAAGUGAUGAAAAGAAAACAAAAGCUGUGUUUUCGCAAAGUGGUGCAAGUUGGGGAAAGUACCGAAAAUGACAAACCCAUACCAUCUUUUUUUUUUGUUCGGUUAAGUUUUAGUUGUCUUCAGCAUACCACUGUUUGCUGUAAAUUCAGGAUGUUGGCAUAAAGAGGGACAAAAGUCCAUAAAAAGGCAGCUCUGCCAGGAUGCAAGGAGUCCAAAAAUGCUCUGCCCUGAGAGGCAUCCAUUAGCAAUACACAAUGGAUGGGCGUGGACUUUUUAAACGCUGCUCCAGAAAUUGUGAUUUAAGUUCUCUCUGAAGUGGAGCCAAAUGUUUUGUUGUGACUUAAUGGGAUAAUACAAACCUGAUCUAGACCAAUACCUUUUUCUUCAACUCAGUUUAAUGAUCCAUGAGGCCUAUGCAGCCCCAACUUACAAGGACCAUAUCCCCAACUAUGUGAAAUUGACUGCUGUAGAUGAUGUGCAGGCUUUCUUGAUUAUGGACUUGGGAGUACUUUGACUCUCUCUUGUCCACCUUCAAUCAUCACAGGAAGGGCAUUUCCUUACCUUUUCCACUUCAGUCCCAAUUAAUGAUUUAGGGCGAGCAGUAAAUUUGGGUUAUUAAAAUGGCUUCAGCGGUCCAUUGAGUCAGGUUGGAAGUAUGUGCGUAAUUAGGAAAUGAGUGAACACACUGGAGCGGAGAAAUGAAGUUGUUUUCAAUUAAGGCCUACAAAGCAGAUAACACUUCAAGCCGGUACGUCAGCCGGAACUCGAUAGGGCUGAUUGGUGCUUAAAUUGACAGGAGGAGAUCUUAUUACAGCAGAAAGCCGAGAUGUAAACAGUAAUAAACCUACGUCUAUCACAUAUCGAGUUAUGGGGGUGUUGUGGGAGCUCGUCUUUGUGUCAUAAACAAGUAAAGCAGCUGGGAGAACUUUGGAUAUUAUGCGUCAAUAGUGUUGCAUCUGUGUGUAUGACAUUUCAGCAUACAUAAUCCCGUUAAACGCAGUCAGUUAUGGAGUGGAACGUUUGGCAGGAGUUCUGUGUGUUUGCUGUUGAAAAUCAGCCAAAGCCUUUGUUGUGGAGUUGGCUCAGUCAGAGCAUGAAUGAAUGGAUUAGAUAUGAGAGUAUGGCCCAUGAGAGAGAAAGAGAGAGAGAGACAGAUGAGAGGACAAGAAGUGGUUGUGUUUUGUGCCCAUAUGAACUGCAAGUGACUUUAUUAAUGUCCACAUUAAUUCCCAGCACAUGGCAAAAAAAUGAAAUGCCGGCUGUCUGGGUUUGACUGGGGUCGCAGAAGAACAGACAGAAAAACUGAUAAUGGGAGGAAUAAAGAUGUGCUUACAUAGAAAAAAGAAAAAAAAAUGACAGUCCAAAACUAAUGCAGUGUUUCCUGAAUAAUAAAAAGGUACUGCUGUGGUGAAGAAUCACCUUCAGAAAAGACCACACCAUCCAGAAUAUAUUACAACUAAUCUUGCAGACUGAAGUUCAUAUUUUAAGACGUAUUCGUGACGUGUUGGGGUGCUAGAUUGUACAGAAAAAGUGUUAGGUAGGAUAAAGUUUGUUGACAGGGUGGAAAUAACAUUUGUCUUUCUGAGGCUGGUAAAAAAAAAAAAAAAAAGGUGCUCAUGUUUAAUGAAAGUACAGCAUCUGUUUUCUUCUCUCUAUGCCCGCGAGCUCUUACACCUUAUUUUAGCUGUUAAUUUGGGUUACAAUUCAGCUUAUUAAGCGAAUUUUGUUAGUUUCACAGACUUUAAUCUUUUCAAAUGAGAAGGUGGUUUAAGGUAAUGCAAGAAUUGUGGUUUGUAUCAUAUAAAAAAAAUAAAUUAAGUAUAUAUAUAUUUUUUUAAAAUUAUGAAUCUUAUUCGCCAUGUUGUCAUCUUGGGCAAAUACAAAAGAAAUCAUCUUAUAAGGAGAAGGGUGGCUUGAUUUCUGUCGUCCAUAUGUCGCCUCAGCAAGAUAGUGAACCCUGAAUUGUCCAUCAGGAUUCGACGUGUGAAUUAAUCACGUUGAAUCCUGAUGGGCACCAUAUUUUCUUGGCAGCAUCUGCCAUCACUGCAGCACUGUAUUUGGGACAAUGUGAAUGAGCCUGUAGGGGUGUAAUGACACCUUAUAACCACACUAAGAUAUGUAAGGUUGGCAAUGCAAUACAAGAAAAACAGAAUAUAGAUGAAGUAGAAUAGAAUGAUGCAGUGGGAAUCCAUCACUGGAUAAAAACGGGUCUGUUUCCAUCAACAUUUUGACAUGUUUGAAAUAAGUCCCUGGAUUUACUAGAAUGGGGUUAAGGAUGUUGGAUACAGAUGUUUUCAGGGUACGGUUCUUAUCAUUACGUUCCUCUCUGUCCAUGCAGUCAAGUGUCAAUGUUUCCAUAAUGCGUUUCACAUCUCUGGUAUCAAAACAAGACUCUUCAUCCUCCAUCCAGCAUCAAUACAAAGUGAAGUAGAAGAAGCAACAUACCACCGUGCCGAACACAAUAUCCAUCCGUCUAACAUGAUGGCCUCUCAUUCAGCGAGGGGAAGUGACAGCAUAUUUUCACAGAUCAAUCCGCUGAUGGAUGCUGUGAUAGUUUUCGCCGUUGAUGAGUUUUGGUGAAGUGUCUGAGAGCAAAGAUGUUGGUGAUGCUUGAGACGGUAUCUUGGAGUUAGCUAGGAGUCAACAUUGCCACUGUAUGCAACUUGACCUCCAAAGAGCCACCGAUUUUGUUUCGCAAAAACUGUACUUGAGACUGAAAAUCAAUCGCCUUGAUGAUCUCUCUAGUGUCUUGCACCCCUAUGUUUAUUCGUAGGGCAUUCGCAGGAUGUCACCAAAUGGGAGAAUGGAGAAAUUAGAAUAAAUGCAUCAAAGCAAUCGCACUGAAUCAUAUUGUGUCUUUCUAAUUUCAGUCUGUUUCAUAUCUUCUCCGAAAUCUCCUCAGAGAUGUGCCCAUGUAGACUUUGACUGGGACAAAGCUGACCACUUUUACUGAAGGUUAUAUGCAUCAUCAGUAACACCUUUUUAGCAGAGCUGAAUGCUAUUGUUACAUGUGACGAUAAAGUUUUCUGACAUUAUGGAGAGCAAAACAUAAAACACACUGUCUUACUGGUAUGGUGACAGGAGUAGAGCUGCAGGCAGGCAACGGCAGGGUGCUUUGGGAUUUAGAGGUGGUGUCUAUUUACAUAUUUAUAAAUCCAUGCAUACUAAAUGAAGGCAAAGGAAUAGAACAUUUUGAAUAACUCAUUUUGAUGAACAGAGCUGAGGUUCUAGGGGUUCAAUCAAUACCUGGGGAGAGAAAGAGAGGGGAAGAGAGAGAGAGAAAGAAAGAAUUUUAAUAGAAAGUUUAUUGAUUUUUUUUUGUUUUGUGUGUGUGUGUUUCAGUUGCGUCCAGGCGAGGCCUUCACUGUGUAUCACACCAGUCCUACUCUGUCCAGUCUGUCCAAACCUGUGGUGCUGUGGACUCAGCAGGACGUCUGCAAGUGGCUUAAGAAACACUGUCCGCACAACUACCUGACCUACGUAGAGGCCUUCUCCCAUCAUGCCAUCACAGGUUCAGUAUGCAACACACAAAAAGUAUAUAUUUUUUUUCUUUUCUUUUUAUCUUUGGAACUUUUAAUAUCAGCAGAAACGAUAAAAGCGAUCUAAAGUGACCUUGUACAUGCAUACUUGACAAGGAUAUAUUCAGACCAUGUUCUUUGACCUUUGCGCCUUUUAAUAAGCCCUGCAGUGAAGCCUCUUUGACAUUGCAAACCAAAAGCCUUAAAAGGCUUACCAAAUGUCACACAAGUUUUAUUUUUAGGUUCGUGGUUCCACAGCUUAGCCUUUUCAACUGGAAACAGGUUUACACCCAAAUCUCUGCAAAGGAGAUUUAAAAAGCAUUCAUGUGAGGUAACAAAAGUAGUGCAGCCUAUUUUUGGAGAAGAAAGGAAAAGCCGCGGAAAAAAAAUGGGGGGUUAUCGUGUUUCGAGUUCAGACGACACACACGCACAGAGACAUUCACGCACUUUUUAUUUGUUUUUAAGCUUCAAACAUGCACACACACACACAAACACACACGAGGAUCUAAUUAAAAAGCUACACUUACACUGAAACAUGUUUAUUCUCACACAUCUCCAGCACUGAUGGACCAGACAGUAGAGCAGUUUCACUUUGAGUGUCUUUCAGAGGACAGACUGCUUCUCUGUGCGGCAGGGUCACUCAUUUGCAUGCACACACACACAGACAUAGACACAUGCACACACAUAUGUAUCAAGGUUAACAAUGCCGCCUCCGUCACAGCUACAGCAGCUCUGAUCUGAUCAUUUUUAUUUAUGUCUCCUCCGACAGAGGGAGGCUUAGAUCCUAUUGUCCUUAUGUAUUCACUCGCUGAUGUCCAGCUGGAUUCAAUAUUCCCCGGGUUAUUAGCAUCUGUCUUUCUUGUGCAAAUGUUGCUAGAACAUGUGCUUUUUUGUUGUCGGCGCAUAUGUCAGUAUCACAGAUCCACAUCAAUAGAUGUUCCCUAAACAAAUUCUCUGCCCUUUUCAUACACUAAAGGAAACGGGUUCUCAGAAAUGGAUUUUGUGUCUGGACCAUCUUAGUUCAGUGACCCAAAGGUAAUUGUAUCUCUCUCUGUAAGGGCACCAUUACGGCCGAGCAGGCUGCCUGGGGAGAUCAGUGCAGCCUCCUCAGUGUCUCUUCCUUUUUACAUUUAUUUGUGUGUUUAUAUGUUUUAUUUUUUUCUUUUCAUGACUCUUUUUAUUGCUUUGUAGAAGACAUGAGAUAGAUUCAUUUGGGUGCCGGCCAAAAGUCGGGAAUAGACUGCCAGACUGUGUUUGCUAUGCAAUUAUAAUUCUGUCUCAUGAUACAGUUAUGUAUGCAGAGCUUGUGAUGACUUGAAUACACUAUAUUUCCUAUUUCUCAUUACUUUUCCUGUUUCAAUCACUGAAUUUAUUUGCACUGGUGUCCUGGCAAUUUGUAAAGGGCUUAAUGAACCACACUCAAAAUGCAUAGCUGUCCAUUCGGCUGCAGAGAACCAGACUGUUUGGGGCAUGUGGUACGGAUUGAGGGAUUUUGAUGCGGUCUUUGAAAGUUUAUGCUACAUUCUGCAGAGGAUUGUUGUGUUUAUUUCUGUUUAUUCAGGGCUGCUAAAUCUGCACAGACUUAAAAGGCUGCAACUCAAAGUGUACUAAAAAAGAUCAAACAUAGGUUUACAACUCUCAUGUUGGAAAGUAUAAAGACUCUUGAUAGUGCCUUCACCACCCUUGUAGUUACUACACCUGUAGCUGCAGCAGAGUGUAAAUAAUAGGCUGGAUUACAAUCAAUAGUGGCAGACUGUUAAACUUAAAGGCUUAGUAGUAAAACUGCCGGUAUGGUCUGUUUGUGAUUUACUAUCAGAGUUUCCACAAAGAUGUCCCAGGAUCAUUUGCACUGCAUUAACACCCGAGUUAUCCUCCUCUUUAUCUGUGCAUACUAUAAUAAGAAACGGUUAAACGUACAGUCAGUCAGCAGGUUUUCUCAUGCCUGCAACCUGUGCAGAUUGAAUGAUGGUACAAACCGGUAUCAGAUCACGAAAAAAGCCAGUCCACCUCCAGAUGAGAUCUUUCUGACUAGAUAUGAUUCAAGGUACUGAUGCAUGGAUUUACACCUCCCAGUAAUAGUCCAUUUUCCAAUCGAAGUAAUAAAUCAGGAUACAGAUAGCUUUUUUUUUUAAGCAGGAGUGAAUUAGAGAUGAAGUGAUGCCAAAAAGACUCAUAAUUCUUUAAGUGAAAUAGAGCGAAUGGUAUAAAAAUAGUCUGUGUGGCUGCAGGGCUACACUCUGUUUACAAGCAGCAGGAAAUGUAGCAAGGUGUAUGAUGAGGUAGGGUAUUGUAAGGUCUUUUUAAUACUGGUGUUUACAUCUAUUGUGCUUACAAAGUUGAUCCUUAUCAGUACUUUUAAUUUAACCAAACAGUGAGCUCUGUUUACAUUACAGACAGUCAUGUGGCAGAGUUGAAAGGACUCAAAUGCAGAACAAAAAAUGAUUUAUUAAAAAGAACAAAAUAAAAAGCAACAAAAACUUCAAAAAAAAUUCAGCUAAAGACACUGGGGAAAAAAACACCAGGAGACAAAGGAUUCACGCAAAUGAACCAACAACGAAACAGGGAAGACAGGGACUAUAUAUGCACACAGGGUAACGAGCAACAGGUGAGGCAAACGAGACACAGGUGCAGACAAUUACUAAUUACCAAUGAGGGAAAACUGGGGCAGUAAAACAAGACUAUGGCUGUGUCUGAAAUGGAUCCCUAACCUCUUAUAUAGGCGACUAUAUGGGGGUUAGCGCCAUUUUGAGGGGUGUCUGAAACUUGAGUAAUCAAUUCCAAUAGCCCAUAUAGGUGACUCAAAAUUUCAUGAUUUCAAUCUCAAAGUCAGUGGUGGGAAUCCCGUCAUGCAUUGCGUGAUGUGUUGUGCAAGCAAAAAGAGACAGAACCCGAGCUCUAUUUGCCAUUUUCAGCAUAAUUUUUUUAUCUUUACUUCACUUGCAAGUGAUCUGUACAGUUUCGAAAAACAACUGUUUGCUGCGUCAUAUAGUCUUGUGCACAAUUUUUUUAUUUUAUCUUUUAUUUCACAAAUAAAAACAAAUACAUCAUAAAAUUCAAGGGAUGUGAAAACAACAGCUGCAACUUCAGACGCGGCAGUCUGAGCAGUGACGUCACAACGGUGUGCCAUGUAGUGUCGGAAACCUUCGGUAAUUGAGCCCACUACAUAGUCAGCUAUAUAGUGAAACCUCAUAUGGGGGUUAGGGGUUAGGGGUUGAGGGAUUCAUUUCGGACACAGGAUGGACUACUAUAAAAUAAAACAGGAAGUACUGAAAACUGAUCUAAAGAAUAAAACUCUGAGAACAUGAGGGAAACAAGGUCACACACAAACUGAAAACUUACAAGACAGGACUACAGGGGAACAGGAACAAUAGGGAUCAGAAACACAAGGGAAAACAGAGAGAAAAAACACUCAAAUCACAAACCAGGGAAAAACUAAAUCAAUAGAACAUAUCAUGACACAGAUCUCCUAGACUGUCUCCUGUAUGAGAUCUUAACAAAGCAGCGACAUUGCCUGACUACAAAAAAUGGCCAAAAUGGAACAAACUAUUCAAUUAUAUUCUAAUGAAAUUGAAUUUUCUGAUUCUUGAACAUUAAAUACAAAAAUAGCAAGCGCUUAUCUCUAUGCCAAAGAAUAUUAGAUCUUUAUUCCCAUCUUUGUUCACCAUCUAGGACCUAAGGGACAACACUGGCUGAAUUAGGGAUACAUAUGAAGGUUGUUCUUUUAUACGGGAGUCCUUACCUUCCUCCCACUUGGGUAGCUCAGACUGUUUUAGGCAUCAUUAUUGUCCUAGUCCAGACAGAACUGUGUCCUAUUUACCCACAGGCAUUGUUAAUAAGCAAUUUGUUUUGAAGCCAAAUUGAGAGAAGCGAUCUGUAUUGAGACGCUUUUUGUUUUCGUGUCUCUUUUUCUCCCUUUGACAGCACUACUUUCCCUAUCUGCGGGCAAUUAUUAGGAGCCGUAUUAAGUCUGUCUGAAGGGAAUUGAUUUGAGCUCCAUUCAUCUGUUUUGUCUCAUUUGUACACAGAAACACACACAUGCACGGCUACACACAGACCAAGGGCAGUGGUUUUUCUAGGACGUUCUGGGGCUGUCGCUGCUGGCAAGCCCGUACAAGAGGAUGAAGAGGGAGACAAAAGUGUGUGCGGAGAAAAAAAAAAUGGCUGUAACUGUGCACAAAAUAAAUGGAAAAUUAUUGUUGUUGUAUCCCCAAGACAGUUUAUCUCACAGAUAAAUAAGCUGUUCCACUCUGUGUGCUUGAAUUGGAGAGUGCCUGGAUAGUGAGGAAAGUCAAUAAUCUGUGUUUAGACCACAUAUCUACACACAUAUACACACACACACAAACACACCCAUUAUACCAUAAUGAAAGCUAAAUGCUUUGUCAUGGUUUCAUCCUUCAGGGAGUGGAGUCUUGCCCACAGUGGAGGUGGCUUUUGUCUGUGUUGUUCCAGUAAGACAAGGACUGGCCGACUGUUCUAGCCUCAUUUGGCUUCAUUGAGCGCCAUAUAUCAUAUUUCAAAAGAGCUGGGGUGUGUGAAGCGUCUCUUAAUUACUGCUGCUUCCUCGAAUUAUAAUCAGUAUUCUUGCUGCAGAAAUCAAUCACUUAACUUUGACAGAACUUUGAAGAAAGUGUCCUCAAUGCUCAAGAAAGACGAUACUCGUGGAAAUACAAGCCAGUCUCACAACCGUGAUCAAUGUUUGACUCCAGUACCUUCCUACAUUUCUGUGCAUCCAAUACACUUUUCAAAUGUUGAUAUCCUAUAUCAGCUUACCUCUGGAGGAUAUAUUUAUAUAUACAGCCGCAAAAGAGUGAGAUGCAGUUUGAUUGUGAGAGUGCAUCGAUCGAUGGAUGAGUCGACUCGCUCACAUUCAAAAACAUGUGGAGACUGUUGAGUAGUCAAGCCUCACAGUCUGAAGGGAGGAAAAGAGCUCGAGGUGUGGAAUGUGAAUCUGUUAGACAAUCAAUCACUUUUCAUAUACCUCCAAUUCAAAGCAAAUGCUAUCUAAAGAUGUUUUUAAAAAAAGAGCAGGUCUGGAUGUGGACUCUUUGUUUAUACUGAUCAUGAAGACCAAACACAGCUGGGUUUUAUUAUCUAGUAUCUUAAAAUUCAACCUUAUUUUGCCUUUAACCACAAUGAGCAGAGAAUUUAGCAAGUAAUAGUGGCAAGGAAAAACUUCUUUUUAUCAGGCAGAAACCUCGAGCAGAACCAGACUCAUGUUAAACAGCCAUCUGCUGCUACUGUGUAGAAUAUUUUGUAUAUCACAAUUUAUAUCAUAAUUGUCUGGAGUUUCGUUUGUCCUUCAAGAUUAAACACACUCAGAUAAAUUUAGCUAUUUUGACUGUUGUUUGAGUGUUUUCUUACCUUUUAGUUUGUAUUUCAAUUUAUGUAAAAAAAAGAAUAAAGGGACAUGACUCACUUUUGAAAAACUUACAGUCAAUUCAAUUUAAUUCAAUUCUGUGCUGGCAUAAUUUUACCAUUUUUGUAGCUUUUAUUCUAAAAAUUUUAACGUGUCACUUCUUCCUGACAGUUUUUGUGUUUUGCAUUAUAAAACAGUCAAACAAAUUGACCAUGUGAGGUUGUUAUUUAAGUUUUUGGUUUAAAAUAGUAUUAGGAGGAGACCAUGUGACCUUGUUUUUUCUUACCAUUCAAACCACACCCUUUUCUUCGGUUCUCAUCACUCAUUUAAAAUUGUCUUUUUCUUUUGGAGUUUCUUGGUUUUGGAUUUAGUUCUUGUACCAGUCCGCCUGUUUCAUAACUGCCAUUUUGCCUGCCGUCCAUCUUUGAAAGCCUGCCAGUAGGUGUCAAACCUAACAACAAAUCUCUGUUUUGUCUCACUCAGGCAGCCACCUUCUGCUCUGAGGUCCUUUUUCUCUCGCCUGCAUUCAAAGUUUUGACAGCUUUGUACCAGCCUUCAGGCAUGAGUGUUGAGAAACACUAAAAAAAAAAAAAUGUGCUCUCCGCUGGUUUCAGACAGCGAACCCACAUGAACAACUAACAUUAUAACAUAGGCCAAUGCAUCACCAGAGAUGUUGCACAUGCUUGUAGAACUGAUCGAAAUCAUUUAUCCCCUCUGAUUGCAGAUUUCUUUGAAUACUGUUUUUGUUUUUUGCUUUAUUUUGUUUUAAUCAGCUGACGUGAGAGCAUUGUGAUAUCAGCUUUAAGGGACAUGACCAAGAGAUUUAUUCAUGUGAAUUUUUCAGUGUUGUUCAGGUUAAUCAUAUGCAUGGAUUUGCGAAUGUAACAUUAGUUUCUAUGGAUAGUUUUAGUCGCUUCCAGCUCAGUCCAAGGUCCAGUGAGGGUUAUAGAAGACCUUUCACAACACAAUUUGUUCUCCACCCUGCAGGUAGCUCUAUGAAAUAUGACUGCUGACUUUUGCGGUAUAUAUUAUAUGCUCUAAAAGCUCAUUCCAGGUAACUUUGAACUAUUUUUGUCUCCUAUGUUCCCAUUCAGUGUGUUAUCUAUGUUCUUCGUACGCCCUUUCCACAUGCCUCUGUAGAGACAUGAGCAACAAAAAUUUUUGAUAAUUGUGUCUUAUUAUCUCUGGAGAGAAACAGCACUGAGGAACAGACUCUGUUUACCUAUUGUGUAGGGUACACAGUGCUUAUACAUAACAUACAUAACUCUGGGGACCGUUUCUCUGCAGUCAGUACAGUACAGUAUAUAAUGAGCAGAAAACAGUGAGGAGACGGGGAUACAGAGCAUGCACCAGUGUCCAUAGGAAGACUAUGGGGAUGAAUGCAAUGCUAUGGAGAGUGAGCUGCAUGAGUAAUGAGUCUAAUUAUGAUUUGGGCGUCGCACUGAGCUCUGCAGAAAUUAUAUAUUCCUCUGCCGUACACACCGGUAAAAGGACAUAAGUCGCCUUGACAUGGUAACCUGCGUGUGUUCAUUGAAAUUUCCACACAUGCGUGUUUAAGGUUUCAUUAAGCUCCAGUUUUUAUUUGUGUAGCUUCCACUUGGUUGUAAAAGCUAUGUACCGUGGGUAAUGGUAUGUAAAAUGUGUGUGUCCUCGGGGUGAACUGCCUAACUCUGUAGUAAAACUCAGUCACAGAAAAAUCGCCGGUCUAAGCAGUGCUCCUCUGGCCUGCUUCCUCUCAGAUUGGUUGUAAUUUUGAGGAAAGAUGUUUACUUACACCUAUUCCCUUGAAUUCUGUACAGGCAUCAAAAUUGGAUUUUAAAAAUUGACAGCACCAUCUUGUCGUCAAUGGUUUUCUGUGCUCUUUUAGGCUAUAAAACCAGUCAAAACUCCUCACAGAGGUUUUAACUUGUACUCCCCUCUCCCCUCUAGGCCGAGCGCUGCUGCGUCUGAACGGGGAGAAGCUGGAGAGGAUGGGAAUCAUCCAGGAGACGCUGAGGCAGGAGGUCCUCCAACAAGUACUCCAGCUGCAGGUCAGAGAGGAGGUCCGCAACCUGCAGCUCCUUAGUAGAAGUAAGUAACAAGAUGUGGCGCAUGACCCGCCGUGUUUCAGUGUAUUUCUGCCAGUUAUUGUGCUUCUGUGAGAGACAGAGAAAUAAAUAAAGUGUCAAAUGGGCUAAAUUGCGAGGAGGCAGUCUGAGACCACGCAGGCCUGCUGUGACAUACGUGGAGUUGGACUUCAAAGUGCAAUUGUUUGCAGCUCUGUGUGGGUUUUAUUGAUGUGAGCUCUUGAUUUGCUGCCCCGACUCUGAAUAAUGGCUUCAGUAAACACUUUUAUUAUCCAGCCAUCAAUAAACCGACUCAGUCAAUCACUGCCGACCCGAAUUCACCAGUCGAGGUGGCUUUGUCUGCUCUUGUAGUCGCUGCAGGUGGUUAUUUUCUGUGUUCAUUGAUGGCUUAUGAGUCAUUCAAGUGAGAUGUUGCUACCAUUUUCUUUUCUCUGUAACUGAGUUUCAGACGCUCCCUACAGAUUGGUAAAUCUCUUAAUUCUGUCGCCCCAGUUGUCUGGAUAAAUACUGCAUAAGAAGAGCCAUCCGAAUUUGGAUUCUGAAUCACUCUUUUUUUCCACAAGACCUAACUCACUUUUUUUAAACCUCAUAUUUAUCAUGAUGUAUUGUUUUUAUACCUUGAGGAAAGGUUGAUUUUACAGCUAAAUGAAAAUAUGACAAAAAAUAAAGCAAAUUUCCAAGACCGUCUAACUGCAGACCUCCUCUGAGAGGACACGCUCUACUGAGAGGACCCAAGGUCUUUUUUUCUCACACGCUCCAGUUUGUUUGAAGUUGUCAUCCCAUUUUGUAUUUUGUCUUUGUCGAACACACGAAUAAAAAAAAAUAAAAAAACAUAUGAACAAUAUAUACAUAAAAUAAAGCCCCAAAAGCCCCUUUUCAGUUGAAAGGCUUCAUAUCAAUGUAAAAACAAUGUAAAAAAACGAAACAUACUCCUGGUACAUUUGCUUUUAUUUUGAAAGGCUUCAAACAACUCCCAGUCUGCUCAGUGGAGGUCUUGAGACCCCUCUCAAAAUUUCAGGAGCACUUGCAGAAUCCACUGCCUGAGACCAUUAUAACUUCAGUCCCUUUUUUGGAGUAAAUAAAUGUUUCAAUGAAUGAGUAAAUGAAAAAUACUUUUUCUGUUUUUCUGGGAACCAUAAUCUCCAAAAUCACAACCUGAAGUUGGCAGUAGCAGCAGCACCCAGAUUGAGUUUGUGUCCUCAAUGACAACUCUAGCAUUGUAUGAAGGCUGCAGCAUCUUUGUUGCUUUGGCUGUUGCAGUGCACUCCCUUGUUUUUCAGAUCUAAUGGUUAUAACUGUGCUUCUUGCAAAGAGGACCCUGAAGAGCAGAACCUUUUGCAAAAAUAAAAAUAUAAAAAUCAACCAUUUGCAAGCGGUCCAGUCACCCUUGACUUGAGUGCAUCUGACUAAGAAGGGGACAUUGAUAGUCGUCGCAGAGCUUUGAAGUUGUUUAUGCCAUCAACGGAUCAUUAUGAGCUGAUACUAAAAGGGCUCUUACAAUCACCAGCUCCUUUCAAACAAGUAAAUGAAGUGGUCUUUGCAAUCUGAUGAGCUCACCCUCUUAUUCAUCUGAUCAUUCACGCUGCUUAUGCUGUCACUGUGUUUCUAUUUUGCAUUUUUCUCUUUACUUGAGUUUUCUUUGAGGUAAGUACCUAACAGAAAUGGGAGGACUGACUCUGUUGCUCAUUUUAAUCUUUCUUUUGGUUCACCUUUUGGGACAUGAAGGGGUUUUUUGCAUAGGCACAUCAGCUUUGUUUGAAGCCUCCGGUUUGUCUGUGAGAGAUAUGGAGCGUAUUAGAGAAAGAGGGCGAUAGAAAGGAAGGCAGAUGUGAUAUAAAAGACGAAGGACAUAGUGCUUCGACCCUGUCUGUAUAAACUAAGCAAGCCUUUUGAAUGUGGUUCUGUCUUUACAGCGCAGUAUUAAAAACGCCUUUUCUUUGAGCAAAAUACAUCAAAAGAUAAAACUGCUUAAGCAAAAAGUAAACUCAUUAUCGCUGCUGGACUUUUGCGGUCAUUUUGGGUUAGUGAAGUUGCCACAAGAGUUACCGAAAAUAUAAGAAAGAGCAAAUAAGUUUGUAAACGAGUGGAAAAGCUUAAAAAUUAACCUUAUUCUGUUUAUCAAGGCAGUUAUUGUUUCGUCUCUUUUUGCCUCAGUUUAUUUAAAAAAUGUAUUUAGAAAUGUAUUUAUAAAUAAAUAAUUGUUUGUUUUUUAUAAUAAUAAUGAUAAUAAUAACAAUAAUAAUAAUAAUAAUAAUAAUAAUAGUUGUUGUUGUUGUUGUUGUUGUUGUUGUUGUUGUUAUUAUUAUUAUUAUUAUUAUUGUUAUUAUAGUUGUUAUUAUCAGUAGUAUUAUAAUAAUUGUUGUUAUUAUUAUUAUUAUUUGUAUUAUAAGUAGUAGUAGUAGUAGUAGUAGUAGUAGUAGAAGAAGUAUUAUUCUAAAUAAUAUUCAUUUAUGUAUUUAUUUAUUUUUAUUGAAUUUCCCUUUAGCGAUAAAAUAAAGUUGUUUUCAUUCUCUUAUUGUAAAUGAAAGUUGCUUUAAUUCUGACAUACAUGUCGAUUAAUCACUAUGAGAUAAUUAAAAUGGAUUUAAUCAGGAGACAGAACGCAACUGACUGCUAAGGAGGUCUAAUUAAAUGGUUGUUGGACACUUCUUUUAGCAGAGCAAUGCAAAUAUAAUUUGCCAGUUGAGCAGCCCCUGACUCCGAGCUAUAAGGGCAAACUAAUUUAGUGACAGCGUAAAACACCCGAGGUUCACAGGGCUGGAGGGCACCCAGAGGUGAUGAAGGUAAGAAUGUCUGGGAAGUGUCUGUCGAGGUGAUAAUGGGUGCUGUAUCAGGACUGAAGGUGUGAAGCAGAGUGAUGGGGUGAUGAUUUUGUAGAGGGAGGCAAAGGUAAUGAGGGUCUGGUACUGGAGUGGAAGGUUAGAAAUUAAUGCUUACACAACAAUUGUGAUUAUUUUCAUCAUGGCCACUGUCACCUUGUCGAGGUCCUGACUUUUAUUCAAAAAAACAAGACAGAUUGAAUCUGUAGUUAAAGCAAAUGUCAUUUCAGUCUCAAGGUUUGCAAAUGCAGCGUUCUCAGGACAUAACAUAAUUUUGUGUCAGAGGUGCUUUCCUCCACUUUAACUCGAAAAGGUCAGCUUAGUCAUCAUGACUACUCUGCCUGUCAGAACAGGUGUACAAUUUUUCAGAUGAUUUUGGAAAAAGACCUCAUGAGUGACAAAAUAAACCUGAUGAUGUCCUCGAGGUUUUCAUGAAUCAGUUUUUAGACUUUGAAUAUUUGGCAGAAAACUGGCACCACAGUGGAGAUGGAGUGAUGCUGUUGAGUUAUAUGGAUAACCACCAACAUUUAAAAAGAAAAGUCCAUCUCAUUUGACAUAUUUCUCCCUUAACUUUGUUUAAACACAAACUUUUGCAAUCUGAUGUAAUUAUAACAAACUCUUUCACCUUUCCACCUUUUCAAAGUUUUCAAAGUUGACUGUUUUUUCAUGUUAGCAUCGCUCCAAACUCAGGGCAAAGUCUCAGGUCAUGGUUAAAAAAACAACACUCAUUGUUAUAGUUGCCGGCAGUUCACAUAAAUACAGUGUGGAAAUUCAAAUCAGGGCACCAUAGCUGAAUACAAAUGUACAUACAUAGGCACAUCCGCGGCUUCAGCCUUCACCUCUAUUGUUUGCAUUUCAUCAUUUCAAAGCCUGUUAUUUACAUUUCUCUUUGAACACGACUCUUUCGUGGUUGGGAAAGAUUCCUCUGUUCCUCUCUUGUACUUCACACUCGGCGUACAGUAUUUCAUGUAUUUUUCAGAAGGAUAGGCAGAGUUUUUAUCAGUCACUUAGUGAAAGGUAUGGAUGAUGUCUUCCACAGCCCAGAGCCACGGCUCUCUCAGGGGUUGUUUUUACAUCUGGAAAACUCUGAGAGACAAGAUUCAGAUCAGAACCACAGGGGGGGAGUUGGGGUGCAGGGUUUGUCCUCUUCCUCCCUUCUCUUCUUCUACUCUGCCUCUGGUUGUUGUUAUACCUCGACAAUAAACUAUCACUCCCUCCUUCCUUUUCAGCAUAUCAAAUUUUCAUCAAAGCUUCUCUUUGUCUUUGUGUGUAGCCAUCUGCCAUGCUUGAGACUCUCAUCAUUAAUUAGCCGAAACAGCCGAUGCAACCUUUGACCCCUUCCUUGGCCUCGAAAGACAUGUUGUCAGGAGCACUUUGGUUGCUGUUGGAGACUGUCAUGGUAACCUUGUUUCCCUGAAACGCUCCUGUGAUGUCGCCCAUCCUUUAACUCAGAGCUUCGUGUGGUGUCAGCGAGCUGAACUGUUGCUCUGAAUUAGAAUAUGAAUGAACUGUGAGGCUGACAGACAGAGAAAGAGAGAGAGAGAGAAAAAAAAAAAGAGGAACGUGUCAGUUUUCCGCGGCACAAAUUUUUCUCUUCAUCUCCUCCUUUUCCCAGCCGUCACUCCUCCUCCUCUGCCGCACGUAGGCUCUGAGGACUCCUCUGGGAGCUCAUUUAAAAGGAUUUCUAUCAGAGAACCAGUUUCCUCUGUGCAUGUACAAGCCUCCAGUCGUAUCCACAUUCCUCCAUCCUUCUGUCUCUCCCUACAGUUUUUCCGGUUCAGGUUCACACCAGUGCCACACUACAUCUGUUUGUGUCUACAGACAGGUGGCUGCGGCGCCUUCCUGGGCUAUCAAGAGAGGAGGCUUAGAGCUGAAAUGCCACCAGGAAGGAGAGUCUGCCUUCCCACUGACACUUGGUGUCAUUUCAGGAUGGAACGAACUGGCUGGUUGUCAGGGAAACCACCUGGUCGCAUCUGUUGUUUGGAGAAAGAAUGACAUUAGGCUAAUAAAGCUAAACAAAGGCUAGUUAUUACCUGAUUAACCUGUAUCUCUGCUUUAGAUUGAAGACCUAUAUUGCACAUUUACGUAUUAAGAUAAAACUGUAAAAACAAAUAAAUUGUCAGGAUUUCAUUUUAGAAUAUACUGAAGAUGUAGCAAUAAGUGUCUCUUAUUUAUCUGAAUGUUUGUGUGUCAAUAUAUAUAUAUAUACACAUAUACAUAUAUAUAAAAUUCAUUUCAUUGUUUUUAUUUAAAAUGAAAUAAAAACAACAGUAAAAUAUGCUAAAAUAAGAGCACCAAAAUAGCUCAAUAAAAGACUAUCCUGUCAUUAAAACUAGAAGAGAUAUAUGUUAAAACACUUAAACAAAGUUAAUGAUAUAAAAUGUAAUUAAAAGCAAGACGAAAAGAGGUAUUUUUUCAGUUUGCUUUUAUAUUUUUUUUAUAUAUACAAAAAUAUGUUAUGCGCUCACUUGUGUAACCCUGACAUAUUGAGUUUUAGCUCAUUCACUAGUUAGGGUUUAGGGGUUAGAGUUAGGGUUUACGGGUUAAUUAUUAUUUAUGAAAAUAUGUAUUAAAAUAUAUUUUAGAAGAUUUGAACAUUGAUCAAAGUUUUCUCAUUGUUAAUAUGUCUUUUGAUCAAAUCUAAGAGCACUUUCACACACAUUUAAGUGCUGAUGUGUCAGUGUAAAAUAACUGGAUACUGCGUUUUCCUUCAUUUAUCACCUUUAUAUCAUGAAUUUACUGUCAGACCCUUAUUAGUUCAUUCUCAGUCAGAAGUUUACCUCUUGGAUCUCAGCCAUUAUCAAGCAGUAAAGUCUAUGAUAUCACCACCUUCAUUUGUUCUUUGUGCCGUUUUCACAAACUCUAACUAUUAAACUCAGUUUAAAAUGAUAAACUGCGAAGUUUAGAGUCAAUAUAGAUAUUUGAAUCAUGUAGCUCUGCAUGUGCAGGCUGCUUACAGUUUUAAUAUUGAAAACAAAACAUCUAUUCAUAAAGUUUGUGAAAGACAAAGAGUAACUUUAGCUGGUGAGGUUGCUUAAAACCUUCUUACAGCUGAGAUCCAAGCCAUGGUCCGACUUCCAACUGUGCACAGCCUUACAGAGGUCCACUGCGUCUGCAGCCAGGUCCUUCUCUGUCAGCUUGCUUUCAGUCGGCACACACUCUUGGUUGCUGCAUUCACACAUCAGUUGACUGAUUUCACACAGAUGUUUUACUCGGGGGCAGGAGAAAGUCUGCGAAGAGUCAGGGUGACUUGACUUAGCCUUUGCUUUCAAACAUGCAGCCCUCCCAACUGAUGUUAAGAAAUGUUGAGGCGAAGAGUAGAGGUGUAAAAUUAGCUUGAACAUUAAAGGAUCUCCUUUUUUCUCUUUGAACAGUUACAUGCAAAUAAAUGUGUGUUAUUCUUGUUAGUGUGUAUUCAUGUUAACAGUAAAAGUGCAUUUAUCAUGCACCACCGUUUCUGUCUUACUUAUUCAGAAAGUGUUUCAUCCUAAAUGAUAGGCUGUUAGAGGUUGUCUCUACGUGAUUGAGUGCAGCGUACUACAUGAAGAGGGGCUAGCCACACUGGUUACUCUAUAAUUCAGUAAGUCUGGGGGGUAAAGGACUCUCAUACAGAUCCAGGAGGGUUUGAAACCCCAUGCUGGUUCUUCAAAAAGCCUCAAAGAUGAGACUUUAACCUCUGCUUUUCUUCCUCUCUCUCUUCUCUUCCUUCUCUCUGCAGCCUCCUUUGGAAACUUUUCUUAG